GGGUGACACUACGUCGGACCCCCUCCUCCUCCUGUCUCACACACACUCUGGACCACCUCCACAGGCACAGCUGGCAGCCUGGAGCCAUGAUGUAUGGCUGCCCCCCGCAGUACCAGCAACGCAGGUAGGGGGCGCACUAACGACCAAUACUUACUAGUCCAUUGGUCACCAAGACUACAAAUUGCGGGGAAACCCAAAACUGACCUCACAUCAGUGUCGAGGGUAGAGGCUGACAAGAUGGUGCCGAUGGAGGAGGGCGACAUCUUAUGAGUUCCAACCCAACUUUGCUAUAUAGUGACUUUUAUCGUGUUUAUCUUGACCUUUUUUGUACAGAAAGUUCAUACUAUUAUCACAUGACUGCCAAGCACUUCUGGACAUCAGUUACUCACUCACACUACAUUGACACUCCCACACAUAUUCACACACACUACAUGCGCACACACAUAACACACACACGCAUACCGACACAACACACAUACAUACACAUUACACACACAAACACGCAAACUCACACACACACACUUUUACACUCAUCAUUUGCUGCUGCUACUCUGUUCUUUAUUUUACUCUUAUUAUUAUCUAUCCUGAUGCCAAGUCACUUUACCCUGCCUUCAUGUACAUAUCUACCUCAAAUAACUUGUACCUCUGCACAUUGAUCUGGUACUGGUGCUCCCUUUUAUAUAGCUCAAUUUGUCUACUUUAUUUGAUUCUUAUUAUGUUACUAUGUUAUUUUUAUUAUAAUAUUUUAACUGCAUUUUUGGGAAGGGCUCAUAAGCAAGCAUUUCAUGGUAAAGUCUACACCAGUUGUAUUCGGCGCAUGUGACAAACAAAAUUGGAUUUUGAUUUGAUUUGAGAGUGAGAUAGUGAUUGAGUUAAAUGCACAGCUUGCAACUCAGCCAUGUCCCUGGAGGGCUGCGGGAAUUUGGGAGUGAACUGUGUAGGAGUCUCCUAGCCCUGUUCUAAUAUUUGUUUUAGGGAAUGGCUGAUCUAAGACCAGUGCUACCCGUAUAUAACUUCUCACACAUAUAGUCAAUGCUGUUGUUAUCUCUGGCAUUCCUGCUCUAACUGCUUGCGUUCUUAUCAGUGCUGUUUUAGCUGGCUCUCUCCUUCUCUCUUAUUGGCUAAUCUCUUCUGCUCCUAAUUCACUGAGCAUGGCAAUGUUCUCUUUCUCUUUUCCUGUAGCUUGUCCCUCUCUCUCUCUCUCCCUGUCUUUAUCUAUCCUUUAUCUAACCUUCUUUUUUCCACCCAUUUAUCCAAGAUGUUGGCUACAAUUUUAUUUUUUCUUCUUCUUUUUCUUCUUCUUUUAUAUUUUCCCCUAACCCUACCACCCCUCCCCUGAUUGGAGUAAACUAAUGAACAACAACACUUAGGCUUCUACUUCCAGCUUAUACAUACUAUAUAUAUUUUACGGACACAGUCUAUUUUACAAUAGUUCUCUUUUGUUUGUUUUUACUCCUAUCCUUCCGCUACCCUCAACCCCUCCCAUCUAUUUCUGAAGACCAUCCAGUUUGAUUUCUAUUUGCCAUAUUUUUAACUGUGCUGUUUCACAAAAGUUCUGAACCUAUAUACGUUUUACGGACACAGGCUACAAUUUUGUUUUAUCUGACAUGCAAAUGGAUUUGAACAUAAUAUUUUCGAGAGAAAGGAGGAGAGGGGGAGGGAAAGAGACGAAGCAGAAGUAUAAGUGCAGCCGGCAGCGAAUAAAGGCAGGUCAUCAACACAACGUACUCUCAAAAACAAGAAGAGAGUCAAAUCACAGAGCUACAGCCUCACUCACAUACAUGCACGUACACACACACACACACACACACAGAAUCACACACACAGACCGGGCUCCCUGCGUUCAUGACAGUAUUGAGUUGUGCCAUCCUCUAACAGUAGCCUUUAGUGACAGCAGGAUGACUGACUGCUCCUUUCACCACUAGACCUCUCCUCUCCUCUCCUCUCCUCUCGUCCUCUCCUCUCCUCUCCUCUCCGUCCCUCCUCUCCUCUCCUCUCCUCUCCUCUCCUCUCCUCUCCUCUCCUCUCCUCUCCUCUCCUCUCCUCUCCUCUCCUCUCCUCUCUACUCGACUGUGACGCUACCCUCCCUCUCUCCCUCUCUCCCCCAGUGUGAGUAUGGAGGGUUUUGACACAGAAGAGAUGGAGCAGGUGCUCCUUGGGCCCUUCCGAUGGGACCUCCAGCCCCCUCCCCAGGGAGUUGGGGGUUCACAGAGGAGGAGCAGUGAACUCUUCCCAUUGGUGGGCUAGCUCCUUUUUUUUUUCUUUCUUCUUAAUUUCAAAUCAUCCCCCUUUUUGGGGCUUCCCCCCCCCCCCCCCUUUUUUCUUAUUUACUUUAAAAUUUUUUUUAAUUUCCCCAAAAUUUUUCAAAAUUAAAAAUUUUUUCUUUUUUUUUUCUCUUUUUUUUCCCCACCCACCCCCCCCCUUUGGAGAAAAUUUUUGACAAAAAUAUUUACCCCCCGUUAAAUUCUAUUUUUAUUUUACGGACAAGUCAUUUUUUUCUCUUUUUUUGUUUUUUUUAUUUGGGGAAAAAUUUUUUUAAAGGACACAGUUAUUCAGCCAAAAAAGGUUUUUUUCAAAAAAAUUUAAAAUUUUUCGAAAAGGGCUCCCAAUUUUGUUUUUAAAACAAAAAAAAAAUUUUUCCCAAAAAAGGGGGGGGGGGGGAAAAAGAGAAAAAAAAUUAAGGACCCCCAGGAAAAAAGGAGUAUCAAAACACAACUCCCUCUCCCCCCUUUUCCCCCCUUUCCCUCCCUCCUCUGGUCCCCCCCCCCCCCCCUCCCCCCCCUCCUCCCCUUCGUUUGGGUUUGGUCCCCCCCUUCUCCUUCCAGGUGAGAUGUUUUCCCCAAAAAACCUUUUUUUUUUCCCUAUGGGGAAAAAUUCCUCCCAAACCCCUCCUUCCUUCCCCAAAUUGCCUCCUCUCCCCCCCCACCCCUCCCCCCUCUUUUUCCCCUUCCCCUUCACUGGGAGCUUACCCCCCUUUCCCUCUGGGGUUUGGGGGGUUUAAAAAAAUAAGGGGGGGGCCCCCUGGGGGGGUAAAGAAUGGGACCCCCACCCCCCACACCCACCAAAAGGGGGCUCCCGUCCUCAAGGGGGGAGGCGGGGAAAGUUUUUUCCCCCAUUAUGGGCUUUUUUUUUUGGGGAUUAAAAGAUUUUUUACCUAAUAUUCUUUUUUCUUUUUUUAAAAAUUUUUUUUAAAAAUUUUGGGGGGUUUUUUUUCUUUUUUUCCCCCCCCCCCCCCCCCCCCCUCCCCUCUCCCUUUUCCCCCUUUUUAUUUUUUUUCCCUCCCCCCCCAGGCUCUUCUUUUUUUUAUGGGGGUUUCUCCUCUUCCCCUUCUUUCUCCUCUCUCUCUUUCUUUCCCUUAUCUCCCUAUCCCCCCUCUCUCCCCUCUCUCUCUUCUCCCUCCUUUCUCCUUUUCUCUCUCUUGUCUUGUGGUGUGUUAGGAGCAGUCGUCUCAGCUGCAGGGCUUCAGUGCCUCCGCUCCCUCCCUGUGUGCCAGUCCCAGUCUGCACCAGCUACCCAACGCCAACCUCCACCCUCCAACCCAUGCACACACUCAUACACACUCUCAGACACCUCACACACACCCCUACACACACUCACAAAACCACCAGCAUCAGUCUCAUCAUCGCUCCUACUCCAAUUCCACCUCCCAACGCCACUACCAAGGUAGGACAGUAGGACUCUUCAUUUGUGAGUGUGUGGGGACUCUCCUGACUGUUUGAAGGGCAGAUGUUUGUGUGUGUGUGUGUGUUCCUAGCUGUGUGCAGCUAUGCGGAAGCCUUCUUCCUGUGUUUGUUCUCACUGGGGGCUGCUGCCGUCGUUAGCCACUGAACAGAAAGCGCUGUGUUCUCAGGCUCUCCUAUCUCUUCUCUCGCUCUCUCCAUUUCUCCCUUUGCAUGUUCUGUAUUCAUCCUUUCAUUCCACGGCAUCAGCAGAGAUCGUUUUAAUCACUCCUUGAUGGUCUUUAAUCAACUGUCUUCUGUUAUUUCGUACUUCUCUUUCUUCAUGUGUUUGUUAACUCUUGGUCUCACCCAUCGUUUGGAUUAGCUGUGUUUGCCAAUAACCUGCAGAGCAGAGAGAGAGGUUUGUCACUUAUCAGGCGAUGCACUUCAAUCUGUCGGGGAUCUUAGGUCUGUAUGUAUGGAUGGAUGGUUUUGAGGUAUUGGGAUGACUAAGUUUGUUUCUGCUUUCUGCCUCUCUCUUCCUCUCUGUAUCUAUCUGUCUUUCACUUUCGCUCUCUCUGUCUCUCUCUCGCUCUAUCUCGCUCUCUCUCUCUCUCACACAGAGUCUUCCCUGGGCUCUGUAUUUGGGGGUUCCACACAGAGGUGAGUUGUGUCUCUCUCUCUUCCUGAUGACAGUUGUUCACUCACAACCCUAUAGAGCACAUGAUCUCAUCUCAUCUAUCACUGACUGCUUUUUGACACACAUUCCCAUAGUAACACACCUUUUCCUCUGAGCUAGGCUGAAAGGAAACUCGUCCCAUCUUAUGCAAGGAUGUUUCUCUUUACCUCUUUCUCAGUGUGGAUGCGGAGCUUGGUGAGCUGUGGGGGCAAGAAGAGAGGGAGCGGCUAGACGGAGAGAGAGAGAGGCGGAGGGAGGAGAGAAGGACGGAGGAACAGAGGGGUGCUCCCCCCGGGGAGGAGAGGGGGGAGAAGACGGGAAGCCCUCUGGGGCGCACAUUCAGCUUCCUGCGCAAGAUGGCCGGCCAGCGCAAGGUGAGAGAGUGAGAAAGAGAGUGUGGGGUGUGUGUUUCAGUGUCUCUCUGUGUUUGUGCGUGCAUGUGGAUGUGACCCUGUCACAGCUGUCACUAUGCAGUAGAGUACUUGAGCAGAGAGUAGAACCGUCUCUGAGGACAGAGAGUUGGAGUUUGAUAGUAGACUAGCUUCCCCUCCAGUGUAGAUUCCCAGCAGUGAACCCCAGAGAGGAAGUUACAGUAUCUGCUUUAUUUAGAUUCAGCUGUGAACCACCCCCAGUAUCAGUUAACCACAACCAGGGCCAGGCCCUCCAAUUCAACACAUAUGCUGUUUGCCAAGACUGUAACACAAUGGUACAGCAAUAGUAUAGGUACAACAAUGUUGUCAAAGCAGUAACCACAACAGUAGUCGUUCAGUACAACAGUGUUAUUAAUUAUGUUGGGUGAGGCUCUCUCUCGUGCUGCUUAGAUUAUUGAUGACGACAUCUGGCCAGCUGAAUUGCAACAUGCUCUUGAUUUCUGGAAGAACAUUUUUAAGUGUUUGUACUAGUGGGUUGGCAAUGUUUGCAGUGCGUGUGUGGGGGGAGACUCUGUUCUGUUUAAAGAUGACAAUCUUUAAACAGCAGGGGGAGACUCUGUUCUGUGUGUUGGAUAUGAGAAGUUUCCAGUGAAGAGGAAUAAGUAGCACUGUGGCCCUCAGCAGGAUGGUGAUUUAGGCAUUCCACACUUGAACUGAACUUGGGGACAGCUGGGGUUCUUGUAUGUUUGUUAUUUGUGUCCUACUAAUAUCUCGUGGACAGACGGACGUAUCAUAACUAGUAUCAAGCAUCUGAUGCAAUUACGCAAGAUUACAAUUUAGUGUCCUACUAAUAAGCCCGAACAAAGAGCAGUACGCACCAUCAAACUUUGACACAUUUAUAUUUUCUUUUGACAUGUAAUACCCUGUCUACAUUAAGUUGAUGUCUGUAUAUUGUUUAAUAAAAAAAAAUAUAUAUAUAUUAUAAAAAUAAAAGCCCUACCAGCCCCUCUGACCACUCUUGCGUUAGACUAAGUCCCUUAUUUAAGACCCACUGGGUUGCCAGAUUCCUCAGAGGUCCUUAUCACGGGGGUUGCCAGAUUGUGCCCUCCAUCUCAACUGAUAAGAAGUCCCAGUGAUGUCACAGGGGCGUAGCUGUGAUUUUGAAGAUCAGCAGUUCAUUUACGCAAUGACAUCAUCGCCUCAGACUCAGUAGGCCUGUUAGAGACAGAUAGCUGCUGGCCCUGUUUGACGGAGCUAUUUCUGGUCUGUGACAACAUCCAUCCUGUGUGUGUGUGUCUUUGUGUGUGUGUGUCUUUGUGUGUGUGUGUGUGUGUGUGUGUGUGUGUGUGUGUGUGUGUGGUGUAACCAGGUAUGUGAGGUUUGUCCACACCCUUGGUGCUGUGUGUUUAGUGGCUACUGGACUCCAGAACAUAAGAGACAGACAGACAGACAGACAGAAAAGAGACAAAUAAGGGAGAAACCCAACAGAGAGAGAGAACAGUAGUCAGAAAGAAAGAGAGCGACUGAGCUCACUUUUCCAGACCCUUCCUCUCUACAGCAGUUAUGAACUCUCUCUCCCUCUGUCUCUCUCAGUUUCUCUCACUAUAACACGUGACGUCUCAAGAAGUCAGCAUGCAGAGGAGUCUACUCUGGAAUGUGGAUCAGUCCUGUGUGCGUCUGCUGUGUGUCUACAGGACUGUCUGUAUUUCUACUGACCUCAGUGUUAUAUAGAGUUGGUUGAUCUGGCUAUAUGUGUUAGACAGAGACAUCUGAUGGCUUUAGAUUAAGUCCAGUACUCUCAUAAUGAUAACAUGUCAAUACAUUUACAUUUUAGUCAUUUUAGCAGACGCUCUUAUCCAGAGCGACUUACAGUUAGUGAGUGCAUACAUUCUUUUUUAUUUAUUUUUCAUACUGGCCCCCCGUGGGAAUCGAACCCACAACCCUGGCGUUGCAAACGCCAUGCUCUACCAACUGAGCUACAUCCCUGCCGGCCAUUUCCUCCCCUACCCUGGACGACGCUGGGCCAAUUGUGCGCCGCCCCAUAGGUCUCCCGGUCGCGGCCGGCUACGACAGAGCCUGGAUUCGAACCAGGAUCUCUAGUGGCACAGCUAGCACUGCGAUGCAGUCUUUCAGACUGGAGGGAGCUGAGAACAGAACACAUUACAAGAUCACAAGUCUGUUAUUCAUACACUCUUCGAAAAAAGGGUUCCAAAAUAGUUAUUCGGCUGUCCCCAUAGGAGAACCCUUUUUGGUUCCAGGUAAAACCCUUUUUUGGUUGUGGAAAGGGUUCUACAUGUAACCCAAAAGGUUAUUCAAAGGGUUCCCCUAUGGGGACAGCCGAAGAACCCUUUAAGGUUCUAGAUAGCACCUUUUUGUUCUAAGAGUGUACCUGUACAAAUGUGUCUUAUACUACACUGAACAAAAACAUAAACGCAACAUGCAACAAUUUCAAAGAUUUUACUGAGUUACAAUUCAAAUAAGGAAAUCAGUCAAUUGAAAUAAAUGUAUUAGGCCCUAAUCUAUGGAUUUUACAUGACUGGGUAAGGGCACAGCCAUGGGUGGGCCUGGGAGGGCAUAGGCCCACCCACUUGGGAGCCAGGCCCAGCCAAUCAGAAGGGCUUUAUUACAGACAGAAAUACUCUUCAGUUUCAUCAGCUGUCCAGGUGGCUGGUCUCAGACGAUCCCACAGGUGAAGAAGCUGGAUGUGGAGGUCCUGGGCUGGCGUGGUAACAAGUGGUCUGCAGUUGUGAGGCUGGUUGGACGUACUGCCAAAUUCUCUAAAACUAUGUUUAUGGUAGAGAAAUUAACAUUCAAUUAUCUGGCAACAGCUCUGGUGGACAUUCCAGCAGUCAGCAUGACAAUUGCAUGCUCCCUCAAAACAUGAGAUAUCUUUGGCGUUAUGUGACAAAACUGCACAUUUUAGAGUGGCCUUUUAUUGUACCCAGCACAAGGUGCACCUGUGUAACGAUCAUGCUGUUUAAUCAGCUUCUUGAAAUACCACACCUGUCAGGUGGAUGGAAUAUUUUGGCAAAUGAGAAAUGCUCACUAACAGGGAUCUAAACAAAUUUGUGCACAAAAUUUGAGAGAAAUAAGCUUUUUGUGCAUAUGGAAAAUUUCUGGGAUCUUUUAUUUCAGCUCAUGAAACAUGGGACCAACACUUUACAUGUUGAGUUUUAUAUUUUUGUUCAGUAUAUAUUGAGUAGUGGAGUAGGAGGAAGUUAUGUCUGUAGACAGACACAUACCUCGCUUAAGAGCAAACACAUCUGGACAACAUGUGUAUAAGGUGAAUGCACCAAUUUGUAAGUCGCUCUGGAUAAGAGCGUCUGCUAAAUGACGUAAAUGUAAAUGUAAUGUGUCUUGGUUUUAUUGGUGUGUGUUCACUGUGUCCCAAAGAGAGAGAAAGAAAGUGUCUGUGCUCAGCAUCAUUUUAUUGGCGUUAUGUGUGUCUGUCUAUGUUUAACAGUGAAUGCACUUAGUAGUAUUACGUAAAAAUGAAUUAAUAAUUUGUAGUUAAUAGCUCUUGGCCAAAGUUUAGCCUUUACCCCUCUAUUUUCCUUCAUCCCUAAUUCCCCCUCUCUUUUCCCCGCUCUCUCUCUCCAUUAGCUCAAUCUCUCUCUCUCUAUCCCAGCUGGGCAGUUACUGCUUCGGGUGGCAGGAUUGCAUCAGCAAGCCGGCUUUUCUCCUCCGCUAUCCCUCUCUCCCUCAGCCCCCUCUCUCUCUCAUCACUCCACCCCCUCUCUCUCUCAUCACUCCGCCCCCUCUCUCUCUCAUCACUCCGCCCCCUCUCUCUCUCAUCACUCCGCCCCCUCUCUCUCUCCAUCACUCCACCCCCUCUCUCUCUCAUCACUCCGCCCCCUCUCUCUCUCCAUCACUCCACCCCCGCUCUCUCCAUCACUCGGCCCCCUCUCUCUCUCCAUCACUCCGCCCCCACUCCUCCGUUCAUCUGUCUCAAUUUCACCCCAUUUUCCUCCCUUGCUCUCAAUGCCUCCCCUUCUCGGCUUAUUCUCUCUCUUGCACCCCUUUCUGUUAUUCUUCUCUGCCGUCCCUUCUCCAUCUCUCUCCCUUUGCUUUUCUCUUCACCCUUUCAUAUUUCCCCUUCUUCCCCCUUGUUCCAUCAUUUUCUAUUCUCCCUCUCCUCUACAGUGUCUGAUCAUCUCUCUCCACUUUCUCUCUUCACCACUCUUUAUCCCACCCCUCCGACCUCCCUCUUUCCAUCUCUCUCUCUCUCUCUCUCUUUUCCACUUUUCUCUCCCCCUAUUCCACAUUUCCAUUCUGAGGUAGUAGGAGUUUAAACAAACUGAGGCAGGUAGAACAGCGGAUAUGAAACCCAUAAAGAAGCCUGCGGAGGGCCAGAGUAUUAGCCAAGAAAAUAUACCCUGCCUGAUUAAAGCUGCCCUUCUAUCUCACCACAUCCUUUUCAUAUCUUCUAAUAUCCUAUCAUACCAACAUGUUCACUACUAACUGCUCUUCGUCUCGCUCCUCUGUCCAUCCCCUAUCAUCACUCUCCUUAUCACUCGCUCUCUUUAUUUUCCAUUCAUCAUGUCGGAAACUCUUGUGCGAAGAGUGAUGUCAUGUUAUAGAUGCUUAUAACUGUUUAUGAGGACUCUUUCGCUAAAUGACAUGCUCCUCUUUUCUGUUUUGAAAGGGAAGACUGUUGCCCUCUCAUCACGCUGUUACACAUUUUCUCAUUCUCUCUCUAACAUACACACACAUACACACACACACACACUCUUUCUCUCACUCACUCCGUAAUGUAAGGCGUUGUUGUCUCCCUCACAAUAGCUCUUCAGAGGGUUUGACAGUGUCACUUGGUGACUUGUGUAUUUGUGUGUGUGUGUGUGUGUGUGUGUUAUGUUGGAUGACUAUGCUCAAUAGAAGACUUGUGCUGUAUCCAACACCUGUGUGUUAUCUCAUAUCAUACCACUCAAGUGCUGCCAGGCAACACACGCCCGCACGCACACACACACGCAUGCAUGCAGUCUCACACACACUCAUGUACGCACGUGUGUGUGUGUGUGUUUGACCAUGUCGGAGGGCAAUUGGUAUCAGAUGAGGACUCAGGAAGUGAAGAGAGGAUGACGACCUGAUAAGACGGAGGAGGAGCUGGAGAGGAUAGCCCUAAACUGAAUGAGAGAGGAGGAAGAAAGAGAAACAGAGACUGAUAAUGCACAGUGCAUGCUGGGAGAGGUGGAGAGGGGGACUGUCCAGUAAAGUAAAAAUUGUGUUGAAAGCAGAGAAAGAGACUGAAAAUGAGUGGGAGGAUGAAGAGGCAAGGUCACACAGGCACAGUCCUGUUAGAGAGAAUGAAUCGUGUGAUAUUGCAGUUUGGAGAACAGAGUGGUACAGAGGUCCAUUGGCUGUGGGUGCAUGGUUGGGCGUUUUCCUCUCUCCUUGCUCUCUAAAUUUAGUCCCCGGCCACUCUUAAGUGCCUCCUUGUUUAACCUCCCCUUCUCCCUCUUUUCCUUCUCUCCAUCGUAACAUUCCCUCUAUUCCUUUACUAUUAUUAUAUUUUCCUUGUUAUAUUCCCAAAUACAUUCACCUUUACCUUUUCCAGUCCACAUUUUGCCUUCAAGGCAUCACUUCCCCACAGAUGGUACCUCUCCCAUGCAUUGCCCAAAUGGGAGGUAUUCACAAUUAUGUUUUUGCCACGUCAACAGGCAAACUCACAUUAUGUGGCUCAAGUAGCGCAGCUUAAUAAUUGAGGUUUCAAACAACUACUAUCUGAAAUGUGCUGUGAAUGUACAGUAAAACAUAGGGGGCAACCAUAGACUGUACAGGGGCACAACUCAUUUAGCGAACCCCUAAAAAUGAAGCCUAGGUUUACACUCCAAGCAACCACAUCUUCAACUCUAGAGGUGUGGUUAAAAAAAUAUAGCCCCAAUCGGAUUAUUGGCUUUUGAUUACGUCUCUUUACGCAGUGGGCGUUUAAGUGCUCAAUACUCAUCUGUGGUUGGUGAAAAUAAUGAAAGGGGAUAUUUUGCUCUGAAUAGCCCCGCAUUCAGAGGCGCGGCUUAAAAAUGUUCGCUCCUCCUUCGGAGUGCGGAGUCCGAAUUUCCUGCAUGGGAAACUAUUCAGUUGUUCAUCGAGGCGCGUACUCCGACAUAUGGAGAAAAGUUAACGGAUUCGCCUUCCAUGCGCUAUUAUCUGACGCCGGCUGUUCCACUGGAGAUAUCAAACUGGGAUUUUAUCAACGUUAAUGACAAUAUUGUAAUAAAGUGAAAGAGAAGGAUAGGAGAUCAACUUUGAUUUAAAUUGAGGAUCAUUCUCUGUUGAUCCCUCCUCGUUAUGUCCCGUGUCACUGAACCGCUGCCAAAAACGCGUCAAGAGAGAAUGAAAGAAAUCAAUUUACGGGUGAGUCUGAAUAGUCAAGGAUAUAUAAAGUAUUCAAUAGCAUAGAUAAUACAUUUACAUUUUCAAUAACAAUUUGUUAAAAUGUAGUAGGCCACUAGUAGCCUAUAUCAAUACUUCUCUAACAUGGGUUAUUCUAACAUUAUAAUAGCCUACAUUUGUUUAUUAUUUAAAUAGAUAAUGAUAUCUUUACAGUAAAAUACAGCAAUGACUUGGAAAUCCCCCAUUUACUUAUUCCGGGUAUACCAAAAUGAGUGUGGGAAACGAGGGGGCUCCCUUUGGCUCCUGCUUUGUAUGGUGGCAACUGGCAAUGUAAUGAAACAACCUUAAAUAAUGAUUUAGACUAGUAUUAUGGCUAAUGAUUUUGUCUACUUUGUCAAUGUUUGUCACGCCCGUUGCUUAUCAUAGAAAACCAGAUAGCUUGGCAAAAGGGUUGCAUAGUGCGGCACAGUAGCCAAAGCUUGAGACACCGAACACGUUGUCCGAGAUAGAGGAAAUCGUUUGGGGGAGGGGGGAUAAACCGCAAGUGUGUGUGUGUGUGUCAUUGGUCAAGUCAUGGACAUACGGAAUAUUACGGAUCAAUAAUAAAUCGAAGAGUAAUUGCAAUAUGAUGCAGUUAUGCUAUUAGACACAUGACACGUAUUCAAAAAUGAAUAUUGUGCAACUGUUUUCUGCAAAUACUUUAACGGUAUACGUCAAAGAGAUAAUAAUAAUAAUAUGCCAUUUAGCAGACGCUUUAUCCAAAGCGACUUACAGUCAUGCGUGCAUACAUUUUUGUGUAUGGGUGGUCCCGGGGAUCGAACCUACUACCAUGGCGUUACAAGCGCCGUGCUCUACCAGCUGAGCUACAGAGGAUGCCUAUAGCCUAUUCUUAUAAUUAUUGGAUUUGUUAUAACGUCUCCCGGGCUCUGUUGUUUGUCUUCGUCAUGUGAUUUGCUUGCUGCAGCAUGAUGAUAAAGAUACAUUGUUUUAGUUUCGCAGUAAUUGUAUCAAGCGCUCUGAAAGUGACAAGGUUGAACUAUAGCACAGUUGUGGAUGUGUGUUGCCAUCAUGUGCUGCAGAGUACUAGGUCAGACACAGAUACUGACAUAUCCAAAUUGCCAUAAUACAAGUAUGGUGCUAUCUAGAACCUAAAAGGGUUCUUCGACUGUCCCCAUAGGAGAACCCUUUGAAGAACCCUUUUGAGUUCCAUGUAGAACCCUUUCCACAGAGGGUUCUACAUGGAACCCCAAAUAGUUCUACCUGGAACCAAAAAGGGUUAUCCUAUGGGGACAGCCGAAUAACCAUUUUUUCUAUGAGUGUAUGGUAUGGCUGUAAGAUCAGAAAGUUGAAUGUGUUUGUGUUAGUUUACAGAUCAUUCCUUGUCUUGUGUAUCUGAGUUCUACUAAACAGUUGUGGUCAUGUUGUUUACUGUCCCUUCACACCUGUUUAAAUCAGAAACAUUUCUACAAGUUUAACAUCCAUUUAGUCCACAUUAUCUGUACAAUUCCCUUACUCAUCAACCUUCUCUUCUGCACCACUUUGGAUCCAGAUCUGGUCCAGGUCUUAGCUUUAACAAACUCCUCUGAGUAUAAUUUUGUAGUCUUAGAACAUGGAAAUAGUACAUAUCCUUCCUCUCUCAUUUAGCCUGUCUAACCACCCCCCUCCCCAGCUGAGGUUGUGUAUGACCUGUUGGCUUGUGUUCUUGGUUUGUGACAGGUUAUACAGGUGUAAUAUGAUCCUCAUGCUUUAUGCCUAUCAUUAUUGCAGCAGUUUUAAUUAAUUAUCUUACAAAAUAGGAAAAGCCACUGUAGAUACAUGUGCAUGCACACACACAUUUUAUCUUAUGAUCAGGAGGAACCUGAACCAUCAGCAUGCACAUGUAUCUACAGUGGCUUGUGAAAGUAUUCACCCCCUUGGCAUUUUUCCUAUUUUGUUGCCUUACAACCUGGAAUUAAAAUGGAUUUUUGGGGGGUUUGGAUCAUUUGAUUUACACAACAUGCCUAUCACUUUGAAGAUGCAAAAUAUGUUUAAUUGUGAAACAAACAAGAAAUAAGACAAUAAAUUGAACUUGAGCAUGCAUAACUAUUCACUAUUCAAGCUUGGCACAUCUAGCCACUGGGAUUUUUGCCCAUUGUUCAAGGCAAACUGCUCCAGCUCCUUCAAGUUGGAUGGGUUCUGCUGGUGUACAGCAAUCCUUAAGUCAUGCCACAGAUUCUCAAUUGGAAUGAGGUCUGGGUAUUGACUAGGCCAUUCCAAGACGUUUACAUUUUCCCCCUUAAACCACUCAAGUGUUGCUUUAGCAGAAUGCUUAGGGUCAUUGCCCUGCUGGAAGGUGAACCUCCGUCCCAGUCUCAAAUCUCUGGAAGACUGAAACAGGUUUCCCUCAAGAAUUUCCCUUGUAUUUAGCGCCAUCCAUCAUUCCUUCAAUUCUGACCAGUUUCCCAGUCCCUGCAGAUGAAAAACAUCCCAACAGCAUGAUGCUGCCACCACCAUGCUUCACUGUGGGGAUGGUGUUCUCGGGGGAAUGAGAGGUGUUGGGUUUGCGCCAGACAUAGCAUUUUCCUUGAUGGCCAAAAAGCUCAAUUUUAGUCUUAUCUGACCAGAGUACCUUCUUCCAUAUGUUUGGGGAGUCUCCCACAUGCCUUUUGGAGAACACCAAACGUGUUUGCUUAUUUUUUUCUUUAAGCAAUGGCUUUUUUCUGGCCACUCUUCUGUAAAGCCCAGCUCUGUGGAGUGUACGGCUUAAAGUGGUCCUAUGGACAGAUACUCCAAUAUCCGCUGUGGAGCUUUGCAGCUCCUUCAGGGUUAUCUUUGGUCUCUUUGUUGCCUCUUUGAUUAAUGCCCUCCUUGCCUGGUCUGUGUGUUUUGGUGGGUGGCCCUCUCUUGGCAGGUUUGUUGUGGUGCCAUAUUCUUUCAAUUUUUUAAUAAUGGAUUUAAUGGUGCUCUGUGGGAUGUUCAAAGUUUCUGAUAUUUUUUUAUAACCCAACCCUGAUCUGUACUUCUCCACAACUUUGUCCCUGACCUGUUUGGAGAGCUCCUUGGUCUUCAUGGUGCCGCUUGCUUGGCGGUGCCCCUUGCUUAGUGGUGUUGCAGACUCUGGGGCCUUUCAGAACAGGUGUAUAUAUACUAAGAUCAUGUGACACUUAGAUUGCACACAGGUGGACUUUAUUUAACUAAUUAUGUGACUUCUGAAGGUAAUUGGUUGCACCAGAUCUUAUUUAGGGGCUUCAUAGCAAAGGGGGUGAAUACAUAUGCACGCACCACUUUUCCGUUAUUGAUUUUUUAGCAUUUUUUGAAACAAGUUAUAUUUUUCAUUUCACUUCACCAAUUUGGACUAUUUUGUGUAUGUCCAUUACAUGAAAUCCAAAUAAAAAUCCAUUUAAAUUACAGGUUGUAAUGCAACAAAAUAGGAAAAACGCCAAGGGGGUUGAAUACUUUUGCAAGGCACUGUAUGUACAGUGAGGGGAAAAAAGUAUUUGAUCCCCUGCUGAUUUUGUACGUUUGCCCACUGACAAAGAAAUUAUCAGUCUAUAAUUUUAAUGGUAGGUUUAUUUGAACAGUGAGAGAAAGAAUAGCAACAAAUAAAUCAAUAAAAACGCAUGUCAAAAAUUUUAUAAAUUGAUUUGCAUUUUAAUGAGGGAAAUAAGUAUUUGACCCCCUCUCAAUCAGAAAGAUUUCUGGCUCCCAGGUGUCUUUUAUACAGGUAACGAGCUGAGAUUAGGAGCACACUCUUAAAAGGAGUGCUCCUAAUCUCAGUUUGUUACCUGUAUAAAAGACACCUGUCCACAGAAGCAAUCAAUCAAUCAGAUUCCAAACUCUCCACCAUGGCCAAGACCAAAGAGCUCUCCAAGGAUGUCAGGGACAAGAUUGUAGACCUACACAAGGCUGGAAUGGGCUACAAGACCAUCGCCAAGCAGCUUGGUGAGAAGGUGACAACAGUUGGUGCGAUUAUUCGCAAAUGGAAGAAACAAAAUAACUGUCAAUCUCCCUCGGCCUGGGGCUCCAUGCAAGAUCUCACCUCGUGGAGUUGCAAUGAUCAUGAGAACGGUGAGGAAUCAGCCCAGAACUACACGAGAGGAUCUUGUCAAUGAUCUCAAGGCAGCUGGGACCAUAGUCCCCAAGAAAACAAUUGGUAACACACUACGCCGUGAAGGACUGAAAUCCUGCAGCGCCCGCAAGGUCCCCCUGCUCAAGAAAGCACAUAUACAGGGCCGUCUCAAGUUUGCCAAUGAACAUCUGAAUGAUUCAGAGGAGAACUGGGUGAAAGUGUUGUGGUCAGAUGAGACCAAAACCGAGCUCUUUGGCAUUUACUCAACUCGCCGUGUUUGGAGGAGGAGGAAUGCUGCCUAUGACCCCAAGAACACCAUCCCCACUGUCAAACAUGGAGGUGGAAACAUUAUGUUUUGGGGGUGUUUUUCUGCUAAGGGGACAGGACAACUUCACCGCAUCAAAGGGACGAUGGACGGGGCCAUGUACCGUCAAAUCUUGGGUGAGAACCUCCGUCCCUCGGCCAGGGCAUUGAAAAUGGGUCGUAGAUGGGUAUUCCAGCAUGACAAUGACCCAAAACACACGGCCAAGGCAACAAAGGAGUGGCUCAAGAAGAAGCACAUUAAGGUCCUGGAGUGGCCUAGCCAGUCUCCAGACCUUAAUCCCAUAGAAAACCUAUGGAGGGAGCUGAAGGUUCGAGUUGCCAAACGUCAGCCUCGAAACCUUAAUGACUUGGAGAAGAUCUGCAAAGAGGAGUGGGACAAAAUCCCUCCUGAGAUGUGUGCAAACGUGGUGGCCAACUACAAGAAACGUCUGAUCUCUGUGAUUGCCAACAAGGGUUUUGCCACCAAGUAUUAAAUCAUGUUUUGCAGAGGGGUCAAAUACUUAUUUCCCUCAUUAAAAUGCAAAUCAAUGUAUACAAUUUUUGACAUGCGUUUUUAUGGAUUAUUUUGUUGUUAUUCUGUCUCUCACUGUUCAAAUAAACCUACCAUUAAAAUCAUAGACUGAUGAUGUCUUUGUCAGUGGGCAAACGUACAAAAUCAGCAGGGGAUCAAAUACUUUUUUCCCUCACUGUACGUGUGUGUGUACAGUGAAUGUGUGUUACUAUCUCUGUGUCAUGUGUACUGUGAGGUUGGUCUGUGUGUAUACUAUGAUAACUUAUCUCACUGCUUUGUGUGUUGUGUGUGGUUGAAGUCAGAGCUCAGAUGUUUACAGGGAAGUGUACAGUUCCUAUGAAAACACAAGUGUCAGUGUGUUGUGUAGCCUAUUGCUUGUUACACCUUUAAUGGAGAAGGCCACAAGAGAAGGUGUUGUUAGAGCAGGAUAGUGGAGAAAGUCGGGCUGUUGUGAGCAUAGAUUUUAAGACCCAGAAAUCCAAAUGUAGAAAAACUUAUUCAGCAAUGGCAACAUUACUAACUUAAAUUCCAGUGUUUGUGUGUGUGUGUCAUUGUGUUCAGGGGAAAUGUUGGUUGAUGAUGCCCACUGAGUCAGUGAGUGUGGGAUUUCUGUGUGCGCAUGCAUACUUAUUUGUUUGAAUGUGAACACGUGUGUGUGUGUGUUCUGCGUCUGACUGUGGGAUUUCAGCCUUUUGGCCAAAGCUAAUUUAGCAUCCCAGUGUCGUGACCCCCACCCCCACUAGAACAAGCAGACACUGGUGGAAAGGCAUGAGGGCUGGCAUGCAUAGUCACACAGAGCCACAUGCCAAUACAAACUCCCAGCGCCAGACAGUCACAUAUUAAAUACUCCAGGGCUCAAUGUCUACACAUACACAGACAAAUGCACACACAUACACACACUUCUGGACUGUGUGUAUGUGUGAAAGAAAGAGAUUUGGCAUUGGCAUACAUUCAGAUCAGCCAAAAAGUCCCAUGUUUCAUGCAUUUCACAACCCAACCCUUAACUGAGCCCUCUUUUAUUUUCUCUUGGGGGUUCCAUUGCUGUUCAUUGGACCCUAUGCACCCCAGCAAAGUUGCACAUCAUUGGGUAGAAUGUGGGGCAGGACAGAGCAGGGAUUGUGACAUAUACAGCCCUGGGGGAAGAUGAGAGAGAGAGAGGGGUUUGAGUGAAAGAGAUGGAAUGAGAGGGAGAAUUGGAGAGGUUGGGAAGGGAUAGCGGAUGAUAGAGCAGGAUAUUGUGCGUGUGAGAAAGAGGGAGGAAGCGCUCUUGUCUGUUGUCACAGGUAAGGCUGAACGAUUUUGGAAAAUAAUCUAAUUGCGAUUUUUUGCCCCCAAUAUUGCGAUUGCGAUUUAAUAUGCGAUUUAAUUUAUUUAUCCUUUUUCCCCUACAAAACAUAAUGAAUGAUUUAAAUAUGACCAACACAAUAGUAUAUACAUUUAGUGUGAAAUGUUCUUUCCCAUAGGCUGGGUCUAUUUGUUAGAAUUAAAUUCAAACAUGUAUGACUUGAAAUAAAUGACAUUUUUAUUGAACUGCUCAUUACAGAAACAUCUGUGGCUUUGCCACUGUGCAUUUAAAUAAUUUAAACAAAGGCAUGAACUUUGUAAACACUGUGUGCAAAAGGUACAGUCUUAAGAAAAAAAUAAUUUUAAAUUGUAUGUAUCUUACUGCUCCCAAGUCAGUAACAUUUCACACAACUGAAACAAGGAAUUUGCUUUGAAAAUAUUUUGUAAAAUCAAAGUAAAUAAAGUUAUAAAUAAAAAAUGAGAAAUGCACUUUUAAUUUAGACAAACUAUUUUUUAUAAACGAUUUGAAUAUUAUAAUAUAAAAUAGAUGAGCCUCACUUAUCUCAAGUACACAACAAUAACACACCACACAGACUAAAGUUCACUACGAGUAUGGCACUGCCAGCCAUACUUAUCCAACAGUUCUGUUCUCAGUGGCUCACAGGUUUUUUGCUAAGAAAACCAGAAUAUUGACUUUUUCUGGCUUCAAGGCUGAGCGAGUGCAAGUCACAAUAUUCCCUCCUGUGCUAAAAAGACGCUCUGAGGGAGCGCUUGUAGCAGGUACACAAAGAUACUUGCGUGCCAUGGUGCACAACUGUGGGUAGCUGAUCUUGUGCACCCUCCACCAAGCCAAUGGAUCAUCUUCUCCAUCAAUGGUAGGAGUCAUCAGGUAAUUGUUUAUCUCUGCCUCUGCGACAUCUUCAAGAUUUACAGGCAAAGAAGGAGAGGCUGAACUGGUCUUGAAAAAACUGCCAAGAGACCUCUUCGUCUUUUCCCCCAAGGACUGUGCACUUUGAGGCAUCUGAACAGUUUCAGUACGAGACCUCUUCUCCUAUUAGAUGAAAACAACAGCCAUUAGUUUUCCAGUUAGAUUUUACAGAAAAUUUUUGUUUUUGUGAAAUACAUAAUUAUUUACCCAAUGAUAUGUACGUUGUGCCAAGUCUACUAUCUCUGUCUUCAGACGAGUCUUGAUAGCAGGGAUGUUGUCUGUACUGAUGUACUGUAUUUUGAACCUAGGGUCCAGGAAACAGGCAACAUCCAAAAGCUCCUGGAUGUUUGGGUCUCCAUAUUUGUUAUUGAGGUAUGCUAGGACUUUGGUUUUUAUUGAUUUAGUCAGGUCAGUGUCCUCAGCAUCUUCAGCCAGGACUGAUGUGGCAAAAAGGUGGAGAACUGGCUUGAGGUAGGAGAUGCUUACAUACUCCUCUCCAGAAAGAGCAUCAGUAAACUCCAGUAGAGGAUGCAGUGCCUUGUGAAUCGACUCCAACACGUCAAUAUCCUGCCAGGUUGGGAUAAGGGAGCGUGCAUAUCGAUCUCCAGACAAUACCUGAGAAAUGGCUUUGGCCUGUUCAAGCACUCUGGCAAUCAUCAUUUCUUUAGAACCCCAUCUUGUUGGGCACUCCGUUAUGAGGUUGUGCUCAGGGAGUUUGAGCUCUCUCUGUGCCUCCGUCAGGGCUGCUUUCUUCUUCCAACUGUGGGAAAAGUGCCCCACCAGCUUCCUGCACAGUGCUGUUGCCCUUGACACUCAGUCAUCUUUGAGUGCAUUUUCUAAAAGAAAUAAAAAGUAGUGUAUUACACACAAUUUGAGUUUUGAUACAAGGCUCUCACUAUUACACACUCAAAUUAGCUGUAAUUCUGAAAUACACACAUCCACAACACAUCCUCUCUCUCUCUCUCAAUUCAAAGGGUCUUUAUUUGCAUGUCAAUUCUCUCUCUCUUUCUCUCUCUCUCUCUCUCAUAAACACUAAAAAAACAUGUAAAAAACAAAAACAAGAAAAGAAAAAAAAUGCAGGUGGGCAUUCCACCACAGACAGACAUAUGAUAUAAGCAAGUAAAAUGAAUUUACAUAUUAGAAAAGGAGUGGAAGUAUGAAUUUAUUUAAUCCCAUCCGAUUUAUAUAAUAUCAUUUAUAUAUAUUUGUAUAUUCAGCUUUACUAAUCGACGCAUCUCUCUCUCUCGCACUCGCGCACACACACACACACACACACACACAAACACACACACACACACACACACACACACACACACACACACACACACACACACACACACACACACACGAUAACUUACCAAUGGCAAGAUGUAAUCUGUGGCCAAAACAUUGGAGCCUCGUCCAUUCAUUAAGCCGCGCAGCAAGCACCAUAUUCGACGCGUUGUCCGUCGUGAUGCAGACGUGAUUCUCCUCGUGGAGAUCCCAGCUGACAAGCCCUUCUCUCAGGCCGGCUGCAAUAUUUUCCCCUGUGUGAUCGUCUGGGAAGUAGGUAGUUUGUAGGCAGCGAGCUCGGAGGUUGAAAUCUUCAUCAAUAAAAUGGACUGUAAGACUCUGGUACGGCUCAGCUGUGCGGCUUGACCACAUAUCAGUAGUGCUAGCAAAAAACUCCACCGUUUUAAGUUCCGCGGCGACUUUCUCUUUGCACUUUUUGUACAGCUCCGGUAUGGCAGUCUGACUGAAGUAUGUGCGGGAGGGUAUACUGUAACGUUUAUCAAGCGUAUGUAUUAAUGCCAUGAACCCAGGCUUGGUCACCGUGCUGAGAGGCAUCAUAUCUUUGGCUAUGAACUCGGUUAUUGUCCGAGUGAUUUCUCCGUGCCGUUUUGAAUUACGUUCAUACGGAGUGACACUUUCGAACAUUUCUGUCAGUGAUCCCUGUCUUGAGGUAUUUGGCUUGUCUCGCGCACUGAUGCUCGGCAUUUUGGUCAUACAACUGUCAUGCAUUGAUUUGUGGUAUUUUUUUAAGUGCUGAAACAGGUUUGUAGUGUUACCCCGUGAAGUAGCAAUCGGAGCACGGCAUGCUCUGCACAACACCUGACGCUGCUCAGCAUCUUCUUUUUUAAAACCAAAAUAGUUCCACACCACCGACGUGCUGUUCCUCUUCGAUAUUAAAGUAUCAGCUGUGUCAGUUUCUGACUGUUCCGUCGAGCAAGAGGCCAUUGCGCUGGACAGCAUGAAAAGUCGCGUCACGUGACCACCUCAAAUCGCGCACGUUGCGAUUAGAAAAUCGCGUUCAGUCAAAUCGCGAUAUUAUCGCGAAUGCAAUUAAUCGUUCAGCCCUAGUCACAGGGUCUCCAUUGUACCAGUUGGGGAAUGACUCUGACUGGGGGUCUUUUCUCACAUCAUAUCUCCCUCAUUGCUGUGCCACUAACUCACUGCACACCUAAAUUGCUUUAGAUAUAUUCUAUAUAUUUAGGGCUUUGUUAUUGCCGAAUCAUAAAUUAGAGUUUUACAUUUAGCUGGAAGACUAAUAUUAUGAAAUGUGUAGUUGGCGUAGGCUGAAAGUGUCUGGGUGAGUCAGAAAGACAGGAGGUGAGUCAGUCGGUAACUUUUUGGUAAUCACAUUUCAUUUGUGUGGGUUGCUCAAUGGGUAGGUGGGUAUUGGGCAUUGUGAUGUCGUAGAUCUGUUUUGAGACAGGAGGGGAGUGCUAGCGUGUCUGUUUGAUCAGCCUUUUGUGUUCUCAUUAUGUGCUCCAGUGGUUGGUGCCUACACGAACAAUAGCUAGGAGUCUAAAUGGAAGACCUACACUCACUCUCGCACACAGAAAUGCAUGUACGCACACACACCAGUUCUCAGACUGACACACUGCGCUCUGUCCUUAAACCCAAGGCCUUAAACUCCAUCAUUUCAAAACAGCCUUUUCCUGAUCACGUGACCUCAGAAAACUGCACUCUGACCCCCCCCCCCCCCCCUUUUUUUAAAACCUCGAAUACACUACAAGUUUGCAUUUCCUGUUGUGCAGGACAAUUCUCAGCAACUUAAUAAUGAUCAAAUUAAGAUCCUACAUCUGUAUGUGACAUGCUGACAGACAACAACACAAGUGGGGAAACACAAGUGAGCGGAUGUCAUUAUGUACUCUUAAAACCAAAAAGAUAUAAACAAUGAUGUUCUACCUAGUCAAAGUGGCAUGUAGGCUUCCAAAUCGUUAUUCAUUAAGGUUAAAUGGUGACCUGUUGGUUCCAUUCAUGGUAUUUUAUAUGGGCCCAGUCCUAGCUCAGCUUCCAUUUCAGACAGUGCCGUAGAGGCCAUUCUUCAGUGCAGACUCAUACAGUGGACAUGCGUCAUAUGUCUGCAGGCCCAGGGAUAAGGAGUGCUCAGUUAAUGGGCCUGAACCGCUCAGCCAUGUGAAAAAUAGAGAGGGAAGGUUAAGGGCAGAGGAAGAGAGAAGAAAGGGAAAGGGAGAGAAAAUGGGAAAUGAACAUCAACAUCACGGGACAGGUUCCCUUGCUCCCUAGUGAGAGUGAGAAGUGGUGUUAAAGUCAUUGAGAGGAGAUAGAGAGAAAAGAGACUGAGAGCUGGUCCAGGGCUUACUGGAUAAUGGUUAAGGUUCGGAUUGGGCAAAGGUGUGUUUGGGAUGAAAGAUAGACUGUAGGCCAAGCGAGGUCUGAGUAGAAAGGAGCAGCUGAAGGUUAUUGACUGGUUAUCCGAUUUACUAGUUCAAAUCCUAUAACCUGAUUUACCUCAUCAAGAAGACAAUUGGCCUGUAUCAAUGAACAAGGGCUUUCUUUGUUUGGUGGGGAACAUACUUGGUUUCAACUCUUACAUUUUAAGUUUUUACAGACCAAUGAGGUUCAGGGAUAUGUAGGUAAAUGUAGCAUGUUUUUUCACUGUAUUUGUGCGAAUAGAGUGAUAUAAUAACUGCUGUGCUUUCAGAGCUCUAGGGACAGUAAGGAUCCGGUUACAGGCUAGUGUGUGACUGAUGCUGACAAAGCGCUUCACCUGUCCCAUCUGCCUCUCUCUUUUUCUCUCUCCCUCUCUCCAUACAUACACACAUACAUACAGUACCUCCCUCUCUGCCCACCUCACCAACACACACAUCUCCACAAUGGCUUUCUCCAAGGUUGUAAUAUGAGAGGAAUGAGAAGUAAAUUAGAAAGAGGAACGGAGAGAGGGAGAGGUGAGGCGCUUUGUCAGCAUCAGUCACACACUAGCCUGUAACAGGAUCCUUCCUGUCCCUAGAGCUCUGAAAAGCCAGACAGACAGACCAUACACUGUACAACACAAUACAUGCACGCACACAAACACUUGUGUUCAUGGGUUACUGCUACACAUGGAAAGUUCUUCCCAUGAGGCUAAGGCCUGUUUAAACACUUAAAAGGGUGCCCCCAUACACACUUUAACACCCAACAGAGACGUAAUCACACACACACGGACACACCAUCUCACCUUCUGUCAACAGCUCACACGUACACACACACACACACACACAGACACACACUGGCAUUGUGGUCACCAGUGUGUGACUGCACCUGUAUAAACAGUGUUGCUUUAGGGGGCUGUAAAAGCGUUCUCCCAGUCAGCCUGGUAACAGACAAUGGGUUCACCUCAUAGCAGCUCACUAGACUGGUAGGGGAAUGGACAGAUCACAUGGGGAGGGAGGAGAUAAAGUGAGAGAGCAGGAGAGAAGGAGGAUUAGAGAUUGAGGAAGAGGAGAGGGACAGGUUUGCCUGGUUACUCAGCCACAUAGCUCCAGCCAAACGCCAUGGCCCCACUAACGUUUCUUCUCCGAUCAUAGAGCAGCAAAAUAAUUCAGUUUGAGUUGUCAGGCUAGCGAGUGGUUACAAAGGAGGAAAAAAAGAGAGGGAGGAAAGAAAACAUUUAGGAGAAAUAAGGACAGGUGGAGGGGUGCUUAGUAGUCUGUAGGUAAAGUACAUUGUAUAGGGGGUUCGGGUGUUGCAAUAGCCAGCAUUCUAUUACAGGUGUUUUCUUUGGAGUCUUAGCAUUGCCUUUGUGAAACCCCCACUAGAGGUGACUGAGUGGGGGUCGGUGGGGAUCCCAAACUAACUAAAGCCAGAGUCACAGGAAGUGAACUCAUCAGAGAGAUCCUUAAAACAAACAGCACCCUGUGUGAACCUGAUGACCCAGUCAAUAUCCCCAGUUCCCCCCUCACACUCUCCCUGAGUCUGGCUGCUACUGGGUUGACUCUGCUACAGUAACCACCCAACAGACUGAAAUACUGUAGCUUCAUCACAUUAUCCUGGCUUUCAUAAGCACUGAUCUGAAAAUAAGGAUUCCUAGUGAAAACCUAUCUAGUCAUACCUAUCAGUGGAAAAUACAUAAAAGGAGACUAUAAAUUAGGGCUGGAGUCAAAUAUAAUGUUGUCCAAAAUGUAUUUUGCGAUAUGUAACUGUAUAGAUUUUUUCCCCGUCACUACUAUAAAUGAAUAUUAGCACAUAGCCUGUGAUGGCUGUCUCUGACCAUGCUCAAAUGACUGUCUGGGCAUAGAUAGUUAUCACAGCUGGAGCUGAAAGGACCUGGCCUACCAUCUGAGCUCGCUCUCCUCUCUUCUCCAUCCUCAUCACAGACGGCCAAAGAGGCACUCUUAUUUCAGGGAUCAUCAUUUUGAAUUGAAGAGGUGCACUAAACUGGAAUAUACUUCAGUGAAAACAGUAGUAACCCUAAAUACCCAGAUUCCUCUGUUUAGUAGGCUAACACAAACCAAGAGUGUUCCAUUUUAUGUUAUGACCUGUAGUUGUAGUUGAUAGUUAGCAAUGCUCUUUAAAUUAGUUUAGAUAGGAUUAAAUAUGUUUAUUGAUUAUGAAAAACUGAUUUCCGCUGAAGAUGCCUCUGUUAUUUUAUGGUGUAGUGGUAGAAAUAAGGUCUAGGGGAAAUAGUUGUAACCAUAAAACACUGGACUCCUAUUGUGCAACAACUCUCUCUCUACUGUUUCUGUGUGCAAGGAAUUGUACCAUAAGUAUUUUUGUGUGUGUAUAGUGUGUGUGUGUACAGAUGGAGGAUCUUAAUUUGAGCCAGUUUGCUACAGCAGGAAAAUAAUCCUACAGCAACAGGAAAUGUGAAUUAUUAUGUGGAUUAUAAUGAAUAUACAUUUUUGUAGGGGUUGAUAUGUUUUUCGCAAAGGGAAAAUCAAGUCUGAAAUUUCUAAUUGGAAAUUACAAACUUCAGAAGCCUUUUAAACCUCAAAUACAUUACACGUUUUAAAUGUCCUGCAUUGCAGGAAAGUUCUCCUGCAACAGGGUGAUCAAAUUAUGAUCCUAAGUCUGUAUGUGUGUGUGUGGGCGUGUAGCUGUACUCGUUAUUAAUUAAUGUGCCCCUGGGACAGCCUGGUGCUAACUAGGGGGCAAACAUUAGCUUUCCCACAGAGCUGUGUGGGCGCGCCUCACAUCAAGGUCAUAGUGUACUAAGCCUCAUGAUGGAUGCCAUCUGUCUCUGAUACAGAUGCAUGAUCUUAAUUUGAUCACUCUUUUGGUGCUGAGAAUAAACUUGUACGUUAUUCAAGGUUUAAAAAGGCUUCUAAAGUUUGUAAUUUCCACUUUAAAAUGUCAGACUUGAUUUGCCCUAAUGAAAAAUGUAUCAACCCCUACAAAAUAUUUCCAUUAAUUAUAAUCCACAUUAUAAUUCACAUUUCCUGUUGCUGCAGGAUUAUUUUCCUGGUGUAGCAAACUGGCUCAAAUUAAGAUCAUACAUCUGUAGUCUCCUCACCCACAGGAACAUGCAAAGGAUGGACACAUUCAAGCUAUUAUAAUGACCACCUUCCUCCGCUACCACACACAUACAGCACAAAGAUACUAUAGCCCUACCUCCCCUUUGCUGCCACACAAACACAUGCAUGCACGUACUGAAUGCACACAUACACACUAAGAUGAGAACUAUGGAUCCACUCACUCAAUGUAUUUUCCCGAUACAUUUAAUAACCCUUAGGAUAGCGUUCUAAACACAUCCAGUAGUUCUCUUCCCCAGUGUCUCCAGUUUCUCCAUCUCUCUUUGUGUUCUUUGUCUGGUCUCUGUUUCUUUGUUCCUCCAUCAAUACACGCUGAAAUCCAGUUACCUGCUAGGCUCUCUCGCUGUGUCAGGUAUUCUCUUUCUCCUCUUUUGUUUCCUCGCCACAUCACUCUCUAUCUCUCUACCUCUCUCUGGGGUUCUCUCUCUUCCCCCUGUAUCCGUUUCUCCAUCUGUCUGCCUUUUCUUUCCAUCCCCCCUCCCCCUUCAUCCCAGGCCCAUUUAUUUCUUGCUUAGGUCUCUCUUUUUCUCCCUCACUCGUUUCAGCCUCCUGCUCUCGUGGGUCUUCCCCUCCAGGCCUCUCCCUCUUUCCUAGGUAUCUCUGUUAGUAAUCCUCCAUCUCCUCUUAGGACAUAUAUUUGUCUAGACAGUGUAUACCUUUAUAACUUCACUCCUUUUUGUUAGGUUUAGGCAGAGACUGUCCAUGUUGCUACUUGCUACUGAUGAUCUCAUCAAGCUGCGACACUUCAUAGUGUAGCUAUUCCAUCACUCUUUUUACUGUCACUCAUACGUGCUAUGGCGAUUGGUGACUGUGCUUGUUCACAAAGGUCGUUCUGAGGAUAUUUAAUUAACCAUUAGAUAUCGUUUUUUGGCAUUCUAUGAGGCUGAUGUCAUCUGAAAUGAGAGAGACAACAGACACGCGCAUCGUUUAUGGCCUAUUAACCAGGGCUCUGUCUCUCUCAGCCUCUCUCUCUCUGCUACAGGGGACAGUAGCAAGCACACGCUCUCCCAUAAUAAGAUCCGCCCCCCUUUUCCUCCUCUCCUAGAACAGAGGGACUGCCAUUAAGCCUCCGCUCUUCACGCACGACACAGGGUUAACUUGAACGAGAUCCUGGGCUGCCGCAGACCGAUUGUGUAGCAAGCAAAGGCAAAAGGGCUUUGUUCUCCCAGUGUAUGUCCACGUGCUGACUACCACUAAUUCUGUUAUGGCAGUCCAAAGGGACUUUCCUGUGAUGUCGCAAAACACACAGGACAGUCCUUCCUGCCUGACACAUCUUGGUUUAGUUGGCUCAACUCAAAUAGAGGCCGACUGCGCAAUGGUUUUUGAUUGUUUACAUAUUCUCAUUGGGGACCACUGGCAUAUGUCCCCCUAAAUUUCUAUCUAUAUCAAUAGCGUCACGUUUACAUUUUUUUUCCAGAUUUAACUUAAGUUUCUGUAUGCAGUGCAUUCUUGUGUGAUAUUCUGUGAAUCUGCUGUAUGUGUUUCUGUUCCAUUGUGCACUAAUGACUUUCUAUCUCAUAAUUAGUUAGUGUUGUCAUUCUGAGGUUAUUUGACCACUUAUUCACCCUCAGAUUAGACUGCGCUGAUCUCGCUUCAGUGAGCUGACAUCAAACAGCUGAACGCAGGUUGUAUGCUCUCAAUAUACCCUGGAUUGAAAGAGGGUCUGCUAAAAGAAUACAUGAAACCUAAACAGAGGAGAGGACACACCCAGCUAUUCAGUCAACUGGAACAAGGAUCAGCCAAGCUUGUUAGUGUCUGGCUGUAAUAACUUGUGGAUAAUGAGUUACUUAAGGGAGAGUAAUAAUGGGCCUACACAACACAACAAAGCAAUAUCAUUUAUUUCAGCAUUGAAUCAGUGUUAAGAGCUACAUUAUGUGCAAUACAUGAUGAAUGCAUUUAUAGUCUUAAUGCAUUUAUAAACAUUGUUUUAAUGAACCCUUAUUUGUUAUAGGUUAAUCAACAUUUAUGUUUACAGCAUCCAUGCUAUAGUUACCACUCCUAUAGUUACUAGAAGGCCUAUGGUUCAAAUUCCUAGUUGAUCAGAACUCCCCACUGGGCACAGACGUCAUUUCAAUGUCAAGUUUUGAUUUACGUUUGGUUGAGUUGUCAACUAACAUGAAAUCAACAUGAAAUCAACAAAAAAUGUAACCAUGUCAUUGGAUUUAGAUUAAAAGUUGGGUGGAAAAAAUAUGAAAUUCCCUUAAGUUGAUGACUUUUUGCAAAUCCAAUCAGUUUUCCACAUUGAUUAAAUGUCAUCACAUUGAAUGUUGGUGUUAAAAUGAUGUGGAAACAAUGUUGAUUCAACCAGUUUUUGCCCAGUGGGUUGUCACUGUUCUUUUAUUUAACCUACAUUCACUACAUAUCCAGCUAUAUGAUAGAAAAAAUGUCUGCUAUGUCAGUCAGACUGGACAAAAUGGUUUGCUACGUAAAGCCAUGGUGUUGAUCUGAGUCAAACAAGCCUACAAGCCCGUCUGAGAACCCUGGAGCUAAGAUUAUGAACAACCUUAUCCUUCCCCUCCAACUCUAGUGUUGCUACGCUCCCAACUCACCUCCCCCAGUCUCCAUGCUCUCCUCUGGCUCCACUGCCUUAUCAGUUUAAUGAACUUCCUGUGUGUGACGUCAACACUGAAGCACUAGCAUAGACAUUUUGGCAGAGAACAGAUUACUGAGACAAAAACUGCUUUAAUAAAAAGUUAAGUGUCUACAAAAAUGGCUGGACUGUGUAUACAAACCCAUUUCCAAACUACGUUUUUCGGCACAAUGUGAGUUUUGUUUCUCCCUUUCCUGUUUAGUUUUGUUGUGUCUGAGUCUCUGAGGCUGUUUGGUUGCAGGAAGGGGAGUGUUGGGGAGUGAAUGACAUGUAUUCAUAGAAGCUUUUAAAAGUGAGCACAUUCUCUAUGGCUCGGGCAUCUGCACAUGAGUUCAGUCCCCUGAAAACAACAGAUGCCAAUAUCACAGUCUGAAGGGGAACAGAGACUUCCUGAGUCCUGUCGCUUUCAGAUAGCACCCUUCAUAGAAUUAGAAAGGGAAGAAUAUAUAUGGCUCUCUGUCCACCUCAUCUGAAACUCCUCUGACCUCAUCUGUCAUGGGCAGCCCAGUAAAGUGCAUGCUAGGCUUUGUAGAAGUGUCAUGAUAGAUAUGAAGUGUUAUUGUUGAAGCAGGAAAACUGACUCAUCAGAAAUGGAUGUGUGGCAUAAAAACAUUUAGACAUUUGCUUUAAAUAGUAAUGUCCAUUCUAUUUAUUAUAUACUGAACAAAAAUAUAAGCGCAACAUGAAAAGUGUUGGUCCCAUGUUUCAUGAGCGGAAAUAAAAUAUCCCAGAAAUGUUCCAUUCGCACAAAAAGCUUAUUUCUCUCUAAUGUUGUGCACAAAUUUGUUUACAUCCCUGUUAGUGAGCAUUUCUCCUUUGCCAAGAUAAUAAUAAUAAUAUAUAUAUAAUAUGCCAUUUAGCAGAUGCUUUUACCCUGACAGGUGUGGCAUAUCAACAUUGAUUAGACAGCAUGAUCAAGCUGAUUAAACAGCAUGAUCAUUACACAGGUGCACCUUGUGCCCGGGACAAUAAAAGGCCACUCUAAAAUGUGCAGUUUUGUCACACAAUACAAUGCCACAGAUGUCUCAAGUUUUGAGGGAGCUUGGCAUGCUGACUGCAGGAAUGUACAACAGAGCUGUUGCCAGAGAAUGUAAUGUUAGUUUCUCUACCAUAAGCUGCCUCCAACAUCAUUUUAGAGAAUUUGGCAGUACGUCCAACCGGCCUCACAACCGCAGACCACCUGUAACCAUGCCAGGCCAGGACCUCCACAUCCGGCUUCUUCACCUGCGGGAUCGUCUGGGGGGGGGGGGGGGUGCUGAGGAGUAUUUCUGUCUGUAAUAAAGCUGUUUUGGGGGGAAAAACUCAUUCUGAUUGUCUGGGCCUGGCUCCCAAGUGGGUGGGCCUAUGCCCUCCAAGGCCCACCCAUGGCUGUUCCCCAUAAAUUAGGGCCUAAUGAAUUGUCAAUUGACUGAUUUCCUUCUAUGAACUGUAACCCAGUAAAAUCUUUGAAAUUGUUGCAUGUUGCGUUUAUAUUUUUGUUCAGUAUAUGUCUUUGCAUACACACAGAACUCAAUGUUAACUGCCUAGCACUGUGUAUCUGUAUCUAUUUGGCUAGAUUAUUGGUCAUGCCAACCUCUUGGUUAACCAUUAGCGUCAAUAAAGCCAGAUCCCAGCAGCAUACCCAAGCUUCAUUGCUUACAGUAAACCAAUUAGGUCACUUCCUUCCAGCUAAAAAAAAUAAUACAUGCAACCUUAUAUAGACACCAGUGCCAGUCUAAUAAGAAUUUACUAAACAAAGGAUUAGUUAUGCUACACACUGGCUGGCUGGAUGACUUUGGCCAAAGGUGCUCUUCAACCACUAAGAGACAAAGGCUACAAUUCCUCCCCUGGAGUACAUUUUAGACUCCCCCCAUCCAAAAUAACAAGGAACUUUGCCCUAAUGGAAUUUUUCUGAUCACUCCUCUAUAGCAGGUUUAUUGACCUGCUGGUUGUUUGUGUUGUUCACCACAGCAGCAUGUUAACAGCUUCUUUAUCUCUGUGUCUUAUCUGUCUGGGGUCAGAGGUUAGGGUAGAGGCUUGUGACCUGAAGGGAUACUGGUUCGUAAUCCCCAGGUGGGAUUUACAUACUGCUGUUAUACUGCUGUUAUGGCCUUGAGCAGGAAACUCAGCCUCUGUAGAUGCACCUGACCCAGGUGUCUAAAGUAGCUUGCUUUAGAUUGAAACAUGGAUGUAAAAAUACAGGUAUUACGAUGUAAUCUUGGUUCAACAUCCUGUUUGGUGAUGAUAGCCUUUUUUGCAGUGUACAAAGUUCAAAGUGAUAUUUCCCCCAGUGCGGGUUUCCGUAGUACAAUCAAACAUUCCGUAGUACAUGUUUGAUUGAAUCCCUCGCCCUUCGUCUAAACAUCGCUGAGAAGUUGAUCCUAUAAAGCUUGUACAGCCAGACAGGGUGUUGUCUCAGGAGAUUUAGUGGUCUUGUGGUGGGGGGAUGACGUCUGACUGUGGUGGGGUCAUGGAUCCUAUAGGCCUUAGGCUGAUUAACUCAACACACUGUGAUGUGGUCUCCUCUCAGACUGGCCAGGAGCACGGGAGAGGCAGUUUAAUAAACAAGUCGACAACAGAUUUUUAGCAUUAGCUCUCCUCUGGCUUCCAGAUAGUCUGAGGGUCAGCCAAGGACAGAUACAGUGGGGGAAAAAAGUAUUUAGUCAGCCACCAAUUGUGCAAGUUCUCCCACUUAAAAAGAUGAGAGAGGCCUGUAAUUUUCAUCAUAGGUACACGUCAACUAUGACAGACAAAAUGAGAAAAAAAAUCCAGAAAAUCACAUUGUAGGAUUUUUAAUGAAUUUAUUUGCAAAUUAUGGUGGAAAAUAAGUAUUUGGUCAAUAACAAAAGUUUCUCAAUACUGUGUUAUAUACCCUUUGUUGGCAAUGACACAGGUAAAACGUUUUCUGUAAGUCUUCACAAGGUUUUCACACACUGUUGCUGGUAUUUUGGCCCAUUCCUCCAUGCAGAUCUCCUCUAGAUCAGUGAUGUUUUGGGGCUGUCGCUGGGCAACACGGACUUUCAACUCCCUCCAAAGAUUUUCUAUGGGGUUGAGAUCUGGAGACUGGCUAGGCCACUCCAGGACCUUGAAAUGCUUCUUACGAAGCCACUCCUUCGUUGCCCGGGCGGUGUGUUUGGGAUCAUUGUCAUGCUGAAAGACCCAGCCACGUUUCAUCUUCAAUGCCCUUGCUGAUGGAAGGAGGUUUUCACUCAAAAUCUCACGAUACAUGGCCCCAUUCAUUCUUUCCUUUACACGGAUCAGUCAUCCUGGUCCCUUUGCAGAAAAACAGCCCCAAAGCAUGAUGUUUCCACCCCCAUGCUUCACAGUAGGUAUGGUGUUCUUUGGAUUCAACUCAGCAUUCUUUGUCCUCCAAACACGACGAGUUGAGUUUUUACCAAAAAGUUAUAUUUUGGUUUCAUCUGACCAUAUGACAUUCUCCCAAUCCUCUUCUGGAUCAUCCAAAUGCACUCUAGCAAACUUCAGACGGGCCUGAACAUGUACUGGCUUAAGCAGGGGGACACGUCUGCCACUGCAGGAUUUGAGUCCCUGGCGGCGUAGUGUGUUACUGAUGGUAGGCUUUGUUACUUUGGUCCCAGCUCUCUGCAGGUCAUUCACUAGGUCCCCCCGUGUGGUUCUGGGAUUUUUGCUCACCGUUCUUGUGAUCAUUUUGAGCCCACGGGGUGAGAUCUUGCGUGGAGCCCCAGAUAGAGGGAGAUUAUCAGUGGUCUUGUAUGUCUUCCAUUUCCUAAUAAUUGCUACAGAGUUAAUUUCUUCAAACCAAGCUGCUUACCUAUUGCAGAUUCAGUCUUCCCAGCCUGGUGCAGGUCUACAAUUUUGUUUAUGGUGUCCUUUGACAGCUCUUUGGUCUUGGCCAUAGUGGAGUUUGGAGUGUGACUGUUUGAGGUUGUGGACAGGUGUCUUUUAUACUGAUAACAAGUUCAAACAGGUGCCAUUAAUACAGGUAACGAGUGGAGGACAGAGGAGCCUCUUAAAGAAGAAGUUACAGGUCUGUGAGAGCCAGAAAUCUUGCUUGUUUGUAGGUGACCAAAUACUUAUUUUCCACCAUAAUUUGCAAAUAAAUUCAUAAAAAAUCCUACAAUGUGAUUUUCUGGAUUUUUUUUCCCUCAUUCUGUCUGUCAUAGUUGACGUGUACCUAUGAUGAAAAUUACAGGCCUCUCAUCUUUUUAAGUGGGAGAACUUGCACAAUUGGUGGCUGACUAAAUACUUUUUUUCCCCACUGUAUCUGACACAGGGGAAUCCUAUGAAAGAGGAGGAGGAGUUGGUGCAGGGGAGAGGGUGAUACCUUUGAUAGAGUUUCAUUCCAAAACACUAUACACUGAGUGUACAAAACAUUAGGAACACCUGCUCUUUCCAUGACAUAGACUGAACAGGUGAAAGCUAUGAUCCCUUAUUGAUGUCACCUGUUAAAUCCAGGAGACAGGUUAAAGGAUGUUUAAGCCUUGAGACAUGGAUUGUGUAUGUGUGCCAUUCAGAGGGUGAAUGGGCAAGACAAAAUAUUGAAGUGCCUUUGAAAGGCAUAUGGUAGUAGGUGCCAGGCGCACCGGUUUGAGUGUGUCAAGAAUUGCAACACUGCUGGGUUUUUCAUGCUUAACAGUUUCCCAUGUGUAUCAAGAAUGGUCCACCACCCAAAGGACAUCCAGCCAGCUUGAAACAACUUUUGCCCUCACAACCCUGUGGAACGUUUUCGACACCUUGUAGAGUCCAUGUCCAGACUUCAGGCAGUUGUGAGGGCAAAAGGGGGUUCAACUCAAUAUUAGGAAGGUGUUCCUAAUGUUUUGUACAUUUUGUAAAUGUUGGUAAAUUAGCUUUUAUUGUUUAAAGAAAUGAUGAAAGAGAUUGGUGUGUUUUUUCCACUAUCUAAUCAUGGUACGGGGUUGUUCAAUGAUAGACAUGUAUUUGUUUAAAUCUAACACAAAUAAAAAAAAUUUUUUGUGCAAAAUGCUAUAUAUCCACCUCACUCUCAGAGAAAUAAGUAGCACUGCUAGGUUUUACACAGUCAAAUGUAAAGAAUUGUACAAAUGAUACAUUUGUGGCAUCAAUAUAAAAAAAUGAAUUAAAACAUUUAUUCAAUACAGUAAUAUGAGAUCUGUAUGUAAAACAUUUACAUUUGACAUUUUAGUGGUUUAGCAGGUGCUCUUAAUCGCAUUCAUCUUAAGAUAGCUAGAUGAGACAACCACAUAUCACAGUCAAAUAUACAGGAUACAAACAUUCCAUUCCAGCUAAACACAUUUUCAUACACAUCUAAAAUCUAUGAAUCAAAAAUCUGAGAACAGUAAUAUUUUACACACAGAUGACAGUACCCAGAUGCAAUCAUUUAUGAUGAAAAAACACAUGUAAAAUUUGUGGAUAUAGCGUUUUGGAAAUAAACUUCAUUUCUCAAUAGUACAUCAUUUCCAAGUCUUACUUAUGUGUUCUUUUUUAGCAUUUUAAUUGUGAUAUGGCUAUUGUCAUGCCAAUAAAUACAUUUGAAUUGAGUAGAGGGGGAGAGAGAGGGUAAGAAGGCCUUAUCCUCUGCUCAUCCACCAAACAGUGUAAAUUCCUCAGUGGAGUAAGGUUAGAUAUCUGGAAAGCUUGGGCAGAGGUUAAGUCUGUGGCCUAAUCCGCCCCUUAAUAGUAUCUACUAAUCCCUGGUCUGUAACAGCAGCUUCUCUCUUCCUCCCCACUGCCUCGCCCUCUUUUCAUUAAAAAGUCAUUACAUCCAUUUGGUAACAAUUUACCAGCAGCGCCGCUCUUCAAAAACUGCAUUGUGGCAUUCUUUCCCUCAAUUAAAUGCUCCUAGCAAUCUCACUCGCUCUUCUCUCUCUCUCUCGCUUUCGCUCUCUCUUACUAUUGCUCACUAUCUUUCUUUCUCGUCUUUCACACCAUCCCCCUAUCGGCCCUGAGUCAGAUGAUUCUAAUCCAGUCUGUUAAUCCACUAUAGAGGAGAGUGAUAAGGAGAGAAGGAUUGAGAGAGACAAGAAGAGAGGAAUCGAGAGAGAAAGCGGGAGAGGGAGAGAGAUGGAGCAAGUGUGUGAGAGCGAUGGAUAGGGGGAGGGGGAAAUUCAGAGAAAUUCAGUCAGUGUGCCAGAUAUCUAGCAUAAGAGUCAGUUCUAUAGAAAAAGGUCUUAAUAAGGUGGUCUUGACUGAUGGAGCUGACUGUGCAUUAAUAAUCGAGUGAGGGACCCAGUCUGGUAACAGUCUAAUAACCUACCUCUGCUCUGCGGGGGACAGAGUGGAUUAGAGCAUGCUGCUGCAGUGCUCAUCCUACCGCCAUUAAAGCCAGCACGCCUCAGACAUGCUGUACAAUAGGAGUUGCUAGAUGAUGGACCCUACAUGGAUGCAGUUAAACUCUAUGGAUUAAUUCUACCGAGAAGCUUAGAAAGAUUUACCAAGCAUUGGCUUGGUGCCCAGUGCCAAAUUGUGCACCUGUUUUCUUCCUCUUCAAAACAGAGUGAAUGUAAAUGUGGCUUAGUGUGUUUAGACAUGAGGGUCUGUAAGUGGACCCAGUGUCCUGGACCUAAACUGUCUCCCUGCCCAUCUCACCUCAUUCUACCAUCAUUACAACGUCACAACUGUAGCUAGUCAUCACACCAUCAUGUUGCAUGUGUCAAUGUGUCCUAUAUGUCCUUAACCUUGAGUCUCUUUCCACCAUUUUCACCUCAGAUAAAAAUCUUGGUGGGUUGCCUUUUUAAUUAGCUAAUGUAAAUGGAUGGGUUUGAACUCCCCUCCCUUCUUCUUCCACUCCAUCCCUCCAUACCUAUCUGCUUUCUUUCCUUUGGGUGUGUUUUACAUAUACCCCUGAGAUGCCAUGGAGGACAUGUCCUGAAUGAGCUCCACACAAUGGGGGCCCCAGGCGUUUUGUUUACGUUCUCAAAGGAACCCCUGACAAAUCCCUCUUUAGUUAUUUUCUCUCCGUCUUUCCGAUAACAUUAUAGCUGUGUGGCAUGUUCCGGUGAGGGGGUUUAACCCCUUGCUGCCCAUCAUGAUAAACCAACAGGUUUAGCUUUCCUUAUGUGUACGUCAAGGGUCUGGAGUCUACACUCUUAGACAAAAGGGUUCCAAAAGGGUUCUUCGGCUGUCCUCAUAGGAUAACCCUUUUGGUUUCCAUGUAGAACCCUCUAUGUGGAAAAGGUUCUACAUAGAACCCAAAAGGGUUCUACCUGGAACCAAAAAAGUGUUAUUCAAAGGGUUCUCCUAUGGGGACAGGAAAAUAACCUUUUUAGGUUCUAGAUAGCACCUUUUUUUCUAAAAGUGUAGUACUACUGUUAAUACUACCCUACUACUACAAACUCUGACAAAGUGCUUUGUUGAUCAUGUCAUCUCAAUAUUUUAGAAAAUACAGUUCAACCUGGUAUCAAAGGGCAUCAUUUCAGAUAAUAGACCUGUUGUGUAUUUGAAAACAGCUUUUGUUCUGUUUGUUUUGGUAGCAUUAGCAGUUGUGGUGAUGCACAAGGCUUAUAUGACAUAGAAUACCAUUUUGAGUAAUUUCCAAAACAAAUUUGAUGGGGGAGUUAUCCUCUUGAACAUAAAUAAUUGCUUAAAGUGCUUACUGAGAGCUUACUGGAAGCACCUGCCAAAUCCUAUAAUGUAGCUACAGUAGAUAUACAACAUCACCGUAACAUCACGUGUUGAGUUGAUAAUUAGCUGAGAGCAUUAAGGAAAACAGAGAGCCCUGACAAAGCCACUGAAGAUUGACUACUUUGUCUGUGGUCACAACAUCAGGAGAUUAGUUUGGGACUAAAAGGCCACCGGCUGUGAGAAGCAGUUUGGUACCUGACUUAGCAGCACAGCCAGAGUCACAGCCAGCAGCAUAGACUGGGAUAAAAUAAGGCACCGUGCUAGGAACAGCUGGAUAUUACAGAGGCAAAGUAACACCAGAGCAUUCACAUUUUAGUCACACCUACACAAUUGCACACACACUUACACUAAUUAGCAUAGUGCACACACACAUUCUUAGAUGUACAAGGACACAUGCAUGCGCAAUUGCGCACACACACACACUGAAUACACUCUCACGCUGAAUGCACUUGAGUUAUGCUGAGGCAGCAUGGAGAGCCCUGUAGUGUAAUAAUGAGAUUAAAGACAGUGUAUAAUACAGUACCGUCCCUCUGUCCUCAGGCUGUCAAUCUCUGUGUGUGGGAGGGAGAGAGAGCCUAUUGCUCUUUUCCUGAAAACAUCACAUUUACAAUUCCUCAUGCACCAGCUGUCCUCAUCCAGUGAAAUGUACUAUUUGAAACCAAGUACAUGCUGCAUAGACACUAUAAGGAGAACUGAGCAACAGACAAGCAUCUCACAGCUGUGGAAAUAUCCAGAACGGUUGACCGUGUGAGAUGAGUGAGAGUGCCUUUUAAACAGUUAAUAUCAACAGAUUGCAUAGGUUGGUGCUGAUUUUUCUUUCUUUACAGAACAAAGAGAAGGAGCGGAUGAAGGAGAGGGAGAAGGAGGCGCGGGAGCGGGAGGCGCGUUACAGCAACGGCCACCUCUUCACUUCCCUCACCGUGUCUGCCACCACCCUCUGCUCUGCCUGCAACAAGAGCAUCACCGCUAAAGAGGCCCUCAGCUGCCCCAGUGAGUACCACACACGCACACACUUGUACGCAGUGCAUACACUCACAAGGCCCAGACAAAAGCCUAAUGUCAUUACCAACAACAUUAUCGGGGUAUUGAUGUAUUGAUGCGUCACCAGAACAGUGGACCAACAGACAUCUUGCCUCAGGGUUGUCAUAUUGGACUGUUAGGAAGAUGACCUUCUUGUCUUCUUUGUGUGUGUGUGUGUGUGUGUGUGUGUUGUGUGAGAGAGAGGUAGUGACUGUCCAGUGUAAGGGGGGGGGGGGGGGUGAACAUGGGGAGAGGGGGCUGCCCUGUGGAACAAAAUUGCUUUGGGAAGAGAAAGGGUGAUCAAAAGAACAGCAGGAGAGAGAGCUUGGGGCUAGAAAAAGAAGAUUCAAACAAUAAGUGUAAGAGAGAGAGAUGUGGUAGGACGUGUGGGUCAAUAAAGAUAGAGGUAGAAGAGACAUAUGAGCCAAAGAGAAGGAAAUAACCGAGAAUUAUAUUAUAAGAGGGAAGGAAACAGAGAGUGAAUAGCAGGGGAGCUCAAAAAGGAGAGGGGAUUCCUCCUGCACUCUCUCAAUGUUUUUCUUUGCUCUCCCUUCUUCCCUUCUUUCUCUCCUUCCUUCCCUCCCUCCCUUUGAGAAUCAAUCAGCUGCUGACUUCUAGGAGAACCGUCUCCCUUCCCCUGCCCGGCCCAGACAAUGGCGUUAGUGUGUGGGGAGCACAGAUCAGACGGCCUGGCUCUCUCUCCACUGGCCUGGAGGAACAGCUGGGGGAGAGAGAGGGAGAAAGAGAGAAAGAAAGAGAGAGAGAGAGAGAGGGUGGAGUGGGAGAAGGCAGACUCCAGGGCAAAUGGGGCAAGCAAAUAGAGGAAGAUCCAGAGAGAAAGGUAGACAGAUAGAGCGCAGAAAGAGGGGGGAAGGAAGAGGUGGAGGUAGAGGAGAACAUAUUGAGUGAAAAGACUCCUCAGGGGUUAUCAGUUCUCAGGUCGAGAGAGAGAGAGGGGUAGGGAGAGAGAGAUAUUAUUUAACAAACAAGUGAGCCAGAAAGACAGAAUAGGAGACAAAGCCAUAUGGAUGAUGAAGGCUGACACUAUUUUUUAUUUCACCUUUAUUUAACCAGGUAAGCCAGUUGAGAACAAGUUCUCAUUUACAACUGCGACCUGGCCAAGAUAAAGCAAAGCAGUGCGAUAAAAACAACAACACAGAGUUACAUAUGGGGUAAAACAAACAAAGUCAAAAAUACAACAGAAAAUAUAAAUACAGUGUGUGCAAAUGUAGCAAGUUAUGGAGGUAUGGCAAUAAAUAGGCCAUAGUGCAAAAUAAUUACAAUUAGUAUUAAGACUGGAAUGAUAUGCAAAUGAUGUGCAAAUAGAGAUACUGGGGUGCAAAUGAGCAAAUAAUAACAAUAUGGGGAUGAGGUAGUUGUGUGGCUAAUUCAGAGAGGCUGUACAGUGCAUUGAUGGGUAAGGUGCUCUGAAACUGAUGCUUAAAGUUAGUGAGGAGUAAGAGUCUCCAGCUCAGAGACUAAAGACAGAGAGGAGUUUGCCUGAGAUAGAAAGAGGAAGUCCAUACUGAGAAUUGUAUAUUUGUUUGUUACCCAUUUGAAACAAGCGUUAUAGCAUGCAACACGGCAGGUAGCUUAGUGGGUAAGAGCGUGUGCCAGUAACGAAAGGUCGCGGUUUAAUCCCCGAGCCGCUAGGUGAAAAAUCUGUGAUUGCCCUGAGCAAGGCACUUACCCUAAUGCUCUGUAAGUCGCUUGGAUAAGAGCGUCUGCUAAAUGACAAAAAAAAAAACAUUACACUACAGCAACAGCAAAGACAAUUCAAUUGACAGUCAUAGUCAAUUGACAUUUGUAUUUAUCAUGAAAUCAAUCCAAACGUACAUUCCCAUAGGGAAAGAGGGAUGCUUUUUGUCUUAUUAUCAAACCCAAUUACCUAUUUUGAUUGAAUAUUGAUGUAUGGAUGACGUUUGUUGUCCUUCAAGAUGAGGAAAUAGCGGUUCUAUCUUCGACCUCGUUACCAUGACCCCUAUGGCUCUGAAGACGAGGUUCAAAGAGAGAGAGAGAUAAAAGAGAAGAGCGAGAGAGAGACAGACAGACAGACAGACAGAGAAGGGGAGCACAGAGGGAGGGAGGGGGUACAGAGGUGCAUGGGGGUGGGAGAGGGAGAGGGAGGACUCUUGGCAUGGGGUGUGAUUACACGUCUGCUGCCAAAGGGGGAGGUGUGGUGGAGUGAUGUGGUGGUGUGUGUGUGUUGUGUGUGGUGUGUGGUGUGUGUGUGACUGUGUGGUGUGGUGUGUGGUGUGUGUGUGAGUGAUUAUGAGUAUUGUGUGUGAGUUCCGGUACUUCAGAGAGAGACGGUGGGCACAGAGAUUGCAGUUGGGGGUAAGAGGUACAACAGCUGUAGCUCAGAUAGAACACUGGUCAUAGGCUAUUGAUUUGGGUUGGGGGCAUAAUUAUAUUCACGUCUGGGUGUGUGUAUUGGGCUGAAGGGGGCAUGAAUACAUUAUCAUUGCAAAUUACACCGGAGGUGAGAGAGGGGGCGAGAUACACUGGAGAGAAUGGGAAAAAGAAAGAGAGAGGAUGUGUGAGUAGGAGAGAGGACUGAGGUGUGAGCCGGCUGUGAGAAUUCCCUUUUGUGUUUGGCUUCUCUGUUCAUGUAUUUUAAAACUGAACCAGUUAAGAUAUUUUUACAUUUACAUUUUAGUCAUUUAGCAGACGCUCUUAUCCAGAGCGACUUACAGUUAGUGAAUACAUUUUUUAUACUGGCACCCCGUGGGAAUCAAACCCACAACCCUGGUGUUGCAAACGCCAUGCUCUAUCAACUGAGCUGCAUCCUGCCGGCCAUUCCCUCCCCUACCCUGGACGACGCUGGCCAAUUGUGCGCCGCCCAUGAGUCUCCGGUCGCGGCCGGCUGCGACAGAGCCUGGAUUCGAACCAGGAUCUCUAGUGGCACAGUUAGCACUGCGAUGCAGUGCCUUAGACCAAUGCGCCACUCAGGAGAUAUUUUUAGUCUAGAGACAAUUUGAUUUAGAUUAGAUUUAGAUUAGUUAAGAAUCUAAAUUGGUUUAGGCAGCAUGCUUUGUCUGGAGGUUGAUGUGAAACUAAACAAAUAUUUUUCACAGGUUUUACUAUUUAUUAAUUAUUGUGUUAUGUCACCGUCAACUCAGUUUGCUAAUAUGUUAUAAUCAGGUGCAACACAACCAUUCCACCUGUAAGACCCAAUAUAGAGAUGGAGAAUGACACAGUAGCUGCAGUGGAACUACAGUACAGACUGCAGGUUUAGGAGAUUAUACAGUAGGUCUAUGAUGAAGCUCACUGUCUGUUGAGAGAGGGGCUUUUCUCUUUGUUUGGUGGAUCCGAAACAGCCCCCCUCUCUCCCCCUCUUGCCCCAAUACACAGCUGCUACCUCCCUCCCCGACUGUAAUCUGGAAAUAGUGCAUCUGGUAGUUGGAGUGUGGGAGAUUAACAAGCAGUCUGCCACACUGACGUGUGCACACACACAUACACAAACACACAUAGGCAGGCAGGUCUGCACGAACAGACACACACACACACUCCCAAUCCCUCUUCGUCCACAGACAUUAGUGGUCCCUAACAGUAAUGAAUGAUAGAUGAGCUGAGGGUAACACAGUUAACCCUCUCUCGUUUAACACAGUGGUCUGAUAUGGAGCCAUAUUGCCUCAGAGACCCAGAGAUGCUUUAAUACGGGAUCAUGACAUUGUCCUACAUCGGGAUUGGUAUCUGUGGGCCCCUGUGAAUUGGGACAAGGGAGACAUAUGUUUAGGCUGGGUGCGGGGGAGCGUGUGUGUGUGUGUGUGUGUGUAUGGGUAUGUAGCACCCCCUGUCAUGUCUGAGGGGAUGUUUCCGGUUUGGCGUCACCAGGGAGGAUUUCUCGUCAAUACUUUUACAAUGUUGUCUAUGUAUCCAAUCAAUUAAGUACGUGUUCAUGUUGUACAUCAAUGUUUGGUUUGAAUUUGAAUAAAGUCCACAGCUAUCUUUUAUUUAUUAUUAUUUAUUUCAAAUUCAUUUCAGGGACCCUUUACUCCAAUAGUGCAGAGAAAGACAUUUUGUUUUUGUUUUCAUCAACAUUUGAACUCAUGUAUGCCUCUGCAUACACAGAUAACUGACCAAUAGGGCCCCUGGGUGUCCAGCAGGGUGUCUUAAUGUGUAUUUACAUUUUAGUCAUUUAGCAGACGCUCUUAUCCAGAGCGACUUACAGUUAGUGAGUACAUACAUUUCAUACCUUUUCAUACUGGCCCCCCGUGGGAAUCGAACCCACAACCCUGGUGUUGCAAACGCCAUGCUCUACCAACUGAGCUACACGGGACCUAUAGCCUCAGUGUAGCGCUGUGUCAGUAUGUGUGAGAUUACUUCCUCAGACACAGAUUAAGACGACAGGGCCAUUGUUGUUUGGCUCCUUUAGACCUAAUCUGAGGGCCCUAGAUUACACUCACACACAGAUUACAAUAAGGGGGAUAUACACUGAGUGUACAAAACAUUAAGAACCUUCAUAAUAUUGAAUUGCAUCUCCCCCCACCCUGCCCUUUUGCCCUCAGAACAGCCUCAAUUCGUCAGGUCAUGGACUCUACAAAGUGUCGAAGUGUUCCACAGUGAUGCUGUUGACUCCAAUGCUUCCCACAGCUGUGUCAAGUUGGCUGGAUGUCCUUUGGGUGGUGGACCAUUCUUGAUGCAGACGGGAAACAGUUGAGCGUGAAAAACCCAACAGCUUUGCAGUUCUUGACACGAACCUACUACCAUACCCCAUUCAAAGGCACUUAAAUAUUUUGUCUUGCCCAUUCACCCUCUGAAUGGCACACAUACACAAUCCAUAUCACAAUUGUCUCAAGGCUUAAAAAUCCUUCUUUAACCUUUCUCCUCCCCUUUAUCUACAUUGAUUGAAGUGGAUUUAACAAGUGACAUCAAUAAGGGAUCAAAGCUUUCACCUGGAUUCACCUGGUCAGUCUAUGUCAUGGAAAGAGCAGGUGUUCAUAAUGUUUUGUACACUCAGUGUACAGUAUUAUCAUACAAAUAUAUAUGAUAUGAUAAUAAGCUAAAGACAAGUGAGCUGUAAAUAAUAUAGUGUCAUAUGGAAGGGGGGUUCUAGGCACUAUUUGAAAUCCCAAAGCAUUUCUAGGUUGUAGAUCCGCCCUACAUGGACACAUCUAUAAUAGUAUGUCAUGACUUGUCGAUUCUCCACUUUCCAGUCUAGUUUCAGACCAAGCAUUGCAACGAUGUUGAGCUUUAGAGAAAGGUUCUAACAGUACAGACCAAGCCUUGGAGAAGGCAGCCAUCGUUUCAGCACCAACAGUGUUGGUCCAACACUGGCAUGUUGGUUUAGUGAGCAAGGGGCAUAGUCUGUUUGUUUUAGCAUCGGGGCCAAUAUCUACUGGAUGUGUUUGUCGUUGUGUAAGGAGUGGUGUGUGAGUGUUUGUGAGGGGCUGUGUGUGUUUUUGUGAGGGGCUUUGAGUAUGUUUAAAUCGUUUGUAGCCUGUGUGUGUGUGUGUGUGUGUUUGUUUGUUUGUGUAUAUAUACUGUGUGUGAGUUUUAAGGGUCUGUAUGUGUUGUGAGAGUUUGAGCGAUGAAUGGGUCACAGUGUGCCUUUCAUUAUGCGUUUUAAGUGGAAACGUGUUAGCUGAGUCCAUGCUCUGUAAAAUGUUGGCUUUUAUGGAGAACACACCCUGAAAAGAGUGUAUUUUUAGCCCUGUGUUCCCUCUCAUGUGAGUCGAAACUAUUGGUUGAAAAUAGGAACGCCACCAAAGAAAUGCACCCCACCAAAGCAUACUUCUGACAAGUAUUAUUUAGCCUGCUUUGGUAGAAAAUGUGUAAUCUUGGCAGAGACAUUGGAAAGACUAAAGUAAAGGAAUAUGUAGAGUUUUAGAAUGGAGAUUCUGUUUUCGGUGUGGGUGUGGGGGUGUGUGUGUUUGUGGGUGUGGGUGUGUCCAUCCUUGGGCUGCUCUUAGAACAAAGACAACCCUGAGUAGUAGGGAAGAACUCCCAUAAACACUUUUGGGCAGUUUCAUAUGGACGCAACAACACUCCCAGGACUCAGAACACACACACUUACGCACCAAUAACCUGCCUCAGACAUCCCUUCAACCUCCCACCGCCAUUCCAGGAGAACUUCCUGUCUAGAAAACAUGUAUCAGGAAGUGGAGCCCCUCUAACAAUGAAGAGAGAGUAAAGCUGAGGGAAGAGAGGAGGGGAGAAGGGGUGUUUUGAAGCAUAGGAGUGAUUUAAUAACAUUGAUAACAUUUUACUUGGUGUCGGAAAGCAUAGGUUAAAAGUUUUAUUUGUCACAUGCACAAGUACAGUGAAAUUCUUCACUUGCAAGCCCUACCCAACAGUGCAGUAUUCAAUAUCAAAAUACUAUAACUAAUAAAAAAAUAAUGGUAAAGAAAACCUACGAAAUUAGUCAGUGCCAGGAUCAAAUGUACAACGUGUCAUUGAUAACCCUAUCUGGAACAGGAAGAGUUGGCACCUGUCACAACUUCACUUGAUAGCGGUAUUCACAAGUCAUGGGUAUCUCUCUGUAAGAAAUGCAUCUUGACUGUAAUGACAAGCGCCUCAGAAAUGGUCUCAUGAUGUCAUGAAGUUAGUUGCCAUUCUUAUCAACAGUGCAUAUGCAGAUAUUGUGGAGUGUCAGGGAAAUUGAUCUUUGUGUUUCUGUGUUGCAGCCUGCAAUGUCACCAUCCACAACCGCUGUCGAGACACACUGGCCAACUGUGCCAAGAUGAAACAAAGGGUAAGAGAGGGGCGAGAGGGGAAAGGAAAGGUUUUUGAUGUAUGAAAAGCAAGAGUUGGGCCUCUAUUCUUUGAAAAGUUGACUGUUGGAUGAGACAUUGGUCUACUGUGUUUUGCAGCAACAGAAGCUAGCCCUGGUGAGGAACAGCUCCGCGCUGCAGAACGUGGCUCUAAGGACCAAAAGUGAGUAUCUCGUUUCCUCAACAACUUCCAGCCUAUUUCCUCUCCUUCUUUCGCAAUGAAUGCCUCCUCUCUGCAUGUGAAUAUAGUGGUGCUGCCACCUGUUGGCUGAUCUAUUCCACUGCAGUAUGGAUGUAGCGCUGACUACAUCAUUAGGAUUUAAAUCCUUUUGGACAGGAAGAGCUCAAUUGAACCCCCCCCCCACCACUUGCUCUCACUCUCUCUGUCUCUCUCUCUCUUUCUCCAGCCCCUAUGAUGAAGGAGCGACCCAGCUCAGCCAUCUAUCCGUCCGACAGUCUCCGUCAGUCCCUGCUGGGCUCCCGCCGUGUCCGCUCCGGCCUCUCCCUCUCCAAGAGUGUCUCCACACAGAACCUCGCAGGGUGAGCAGGCUGCUGUGUAGAGUCAUCAAUUGAUUUACCUAUGUGAGUAGGGCACUGAUAUGAAGUCGUUUGAAACGUUGUGUAACUGUUUUGUGUUUCCAGGAAUCUGAAUGACGACUCACCAUUGGGGCUGCGGAGGAUCCUGUCUCAGUCUACAGACUCCCUGAACUUCAGAAACAGAGCCAUGUCCAUGGAGUCCCUCAACGACGAAGGGGAGGUGUACUAUGCUGCCAUGUUGGAGGAGCUGGAGAGGGAGGGGAAGGACUUUGAGGCUGACUCGUGGAGUCGGGCUGUAGACCCCUCCUACCUGCAGACGCACCGCAAAGACGUCAUCAAGAGACAGGACGUCAUCUAUGGUGAGAACAUCGCUCUUCCUCACUCUCUCUCUCUCUCUCCCUCUCUCGCUAUAUUCCUCACUCUUUCUCUCUCUCUCCCUCGCUAUAUUCCUCUCUAUUGCUAUCUCUUUCUUUCUCUCUCUCUAUCACUUUAUUCUUCUCUCUCACCUCUAGUCCUCUCUCUCGCUCCCUGUGGUAUGUAAAGGUAUUGUAUGUUCCUAACUCUGUCUGUUCUCCCCUCCAUGCCCCUCUCAGAGCUGAUCCAGACAGAGUUCCACCACGUGAGGACCCUGCGGAUCAUGGAGGGGGUGUUCCGGCAGGGCAUGCUGGACGAGGUGCUGCUGGAGCCGGGCGUGGCGCACGCCGUCUUCCCCUGUCUGGAGCAGCUGAUGGCGCUACACACACGUUUCCUUUCCCAGCUUAUGACACGACGCACUCACAGCCUGGCUCCUGGGAGCUGUACUAACUUUACUAUCAACCAACUGGGGGAUAUACUCACUGAACAGGUAGGAAACACACACACACACUCCGAAGUUACGACAGACAUCCACACACACACAUCCACAAUCACACACACACACACAACCCUGAAAUACAUACAGUCCUAGACGCAUGUACCAAUUUUGCCGUUCAUUAACAUUAGAAUGCACUCAUACAAAAGACCCAACGAACAUAUGCAUAAUCUAAACAAAUAAUACUCACAUGCACACACACACUGACUCAGAUGAUACCCAUUGUGUGUUUUCAGUUCUCAGGCCAGUGUGCAGAUGAGAUGAGGAAGGCCUAUGCUGAGUUCUGCAGCCGCCACCCCAAAGCUGUGAAACUGUACAAGGAACUGCUGGCCAGAGACAAGAGGUUUCAGCACUUCAUACGGGUAAGAGAGAGAGAGGUGGAUGGAGUGAGGGGGGGGGGGGGGAAGGGUUAGAGGUACAGAGAACGGCGGAAUGGGAAGGCCCAAGAGCAUGAUUAAAAUGUGUGCAAUGUGAGAGUGUGUCUGUGUGUGUGUGUGUGCCUGCGCAUGUGUGUGUGCUCGUGGUAUGUGUGUGAGCUCAGCAGUCCGUGUCAGGAGGUGCCAGCUGAGGGGUGUUUCAUAUGUCUUAGCUAGGAGGAGUGCUGGAUAGAUAACACUGAAUAGAGGGCCACUUUAGUUCACUCAUGAAACAACUAUCACAUUGUAGAUGUUCUAUUCAAUAAAGAGUCAUGAACAAGUUAUUUCUGCUUUAUUACCUAACUAACAGUAGUCACAAGGAUGUGUUCUGGUCUCAAAUUCUUCAUAAGUGUCCUAGCUUUGUGGUCCAAUCACACUCUUAUGGAAUGCCCAAAAAAUGUACAUAUCUUUACUGCUAUCUAUAUUAGAUAAAAUGGGCCCCUAAAGAUGGAUCUAUACCUUUAUUUUAAUUUACACAUUGAAAUUAGUAGUCGUAUUACAUUUUAUGCAUAAGUGGUCAUUAUAGUAUAUUAUAAAACUGGGUAGUUAGGGUCCUAGAUGCUGAUUGGCUGAAACAGCAUUUUAGCUGUGUGUAUAUCAGAAUAUAACAUGGGUAUGGCGCACACAUACUUGUUUAGUGUUCUAUUUAUGUUGGUAACCAGUUUAUUAUAUCAAUAAGGCAACUCUGGGGUUUGUGGUAUAUGGCCAAUAUACCAGCCCUUAGUCGUGGUAUAUUGGCAAUAUAUCAAAACUCCUGAGGAGCCUUAUUGCUAUUAUAAACUGGUUACCAACGUAAUUAGAGCAGUAAAACUAAAUGUUUUGUUUUACCUGUGGUAUAUGGUCUGAUAUACCAUGGCUUUCAGCCAAUCACAAUUCAGGACUCAAACCACCCAGUUUAUAAUGGCCAAUAUACCACACCACCUCGGGCCUUAUUGCGUAAAUAUAUAAUAAGUGGUAUUAAAUCUGAUCUAUCCCAUAAUCAGAGGGUAAGCCGGGGGCCCCUGCUGCGUCGCCAUGGCAUCCAGGAGUGCAUCCUGCUGGUGACUCAACGCAUCACCAAAUACCCUGUCCUCAUCCAGCGCAUCCUGGACAACACCAAGGGUAAGACCUGACUCCAGAACAGCUAUAGCAGCUUAGUGAGUAGACUCACACAGCAUAAAAGCUGAACACAGAACAGCCACUACAGCUCAGGGAGUAGACAAAAACAUAUAAGAACUGAAUAAUCUCUACAUACACAGCAGUAGAAUACCCAUACACAACUGAAAUGCUUUUGAAUACAACUGACCUCAAAACACUCUCAUCAUCAUCAUUAUCUCUCCCCCCCAACAGGCAGUGAAGAGGAGGCCAAGUCCCUAGCCCAGUCCCUGUCCCUGAUCCGGGACUUGUUGAGCUCUGUGGACCAGCAGGUGGCAGAGCUGGAGCGGACCCAGAGGCUCCAGGAGAUCAGGGCCAGAUUGGACCCCCGGGCCCAGGCAGAGGUCAGGGGAGGAGGGGUGUUCAGGGGAGGGGAGCUGCUCCGCAGGACGCUCCUCCACGAGGGCACGCUGCUGUGGAAGACACAAGGAUCCAGACUCAAAGGUAGGGAGGGAGUGUGUAUCUGAGAGAGAAAGAGGUAGAGAGAGAGAGAUAAAGGGGAUAUGAUUGUUCGUGUAUCUUUACAGAAUAAGUGUGGAGAAACAAGGUUGCAUACUCUAUGUAUCUUUAACAAUGUUCCACUCUGUGUGUGUAUGUAGAUGUGCAGGUCCUGCUGAUGACAGACAUCCUGGUGUUCAUGCAGGAGAAGGACCAGAAGUAUUUCUUCCCCUGCAUAGUAAGUCUGCCCCUCUCCUUUCCACUCAUCUGACUCAUCCUCCUCUCCUCUCUACUCAUCUCUUCUGCUUUCCGACUUUUGUUCAGCAGGUCCUACAUUGCUUCUGUCUUUGCCUUUCCACACAUCUAACUUUAUUUAGUAUAAAUGUUAUAUCACAGAGCUAACAUCUCCCCCCUUUCUGUCUCUCUCUCUCCCUCUCUAUCGCUCUCUCUCUUAGGACAAGCCUGCAGUGUUGUCUCUGAAGAACCUGAUUGUGAGGGACAUAGCCAAUCAGGAGCGAGGGAUGUUCCUGAUCAGUGACUCCUCCCCCCCAGAGAUGUACGAGCUGCACGGCGCCUCACGAGACGACAGGAACAACUGGAUGAGACUCAUACAGCAGACCGUCAGCAGGUCAGCUACUGUAAUACACACAUACACACACACCUACUCAACUCAUUCAGAGCAUUGCCGGUUUCAAUUUUGAGAAUUCUCUAUCAUCCUUAAUGGAAUCCUAGGGGUCCUUCCAUAUGCCCUGGCACUAUCCUUAACCCGACCAUACCUCACCUUCUCCUCACUCUCUCUCGCUCUCUCUCUCCCUCCCUCCAGCUGUCCGUCCAGAGAGGACUUCCCCCUGAUAGAGACAGAGGACAAGGCUUUACUGCGCAGACUCAGAGGUACAACCUCUUCUCCUCUCCUCACACUCCUCCACCUUUCUCUUUCUCUAUCAUUCCUGUGUUACACUUGUCUAUUUAUCGUCCCUUAAUAGACAACAUCCACAUCAUUCUGAACAUUCAGUUGUUUUAGACCUGAAGAUGCAUCUUACUGACUUGAAUGUGUUUCUAGCUGACAUCCAGCAGAAGGACAGGGAGGUGCUGGAGCUCCUCCAGGAGAGAGUGACUCUGUUCUCUGACCUGGCUGAGAUCACCGGUGGGGGUCAGGAGGUCAUGCCCCUCACCAACUCUAGGAACAUCUUCCGGGCCGACACCCCCUAUGCACCCCAGGCGGAAUACCUACUCACCGACGCCAUCUCAGAGGGUAAGCGAAUUUAGAAUUUACCUUGAUUCUAAUUCCUGAUCUAUGGUCAGUUUGACUUUUCACCACCUAAUAGUGAGGCGAGAGGCUGGUGUAGGGCUGGGUCAUCCUAGGUCAGUGCCAUAGAGGGUAAUGUGAGGGUUAAUGCAGUCUUAUGAGAGGCAGGUAUUAAAUGAGGCCUAACCCCGAGCUUAGCACUGCAGAUGGAGAGGUAGAAUUAAAUAAUGAGCACCCUAUAAGAGUAUAAGUAUCAGCUAGUCAUAGCCUCUCAGGAGUCAAUCUGAGAUCACCAACAAAACCUCAGUUAUUAACCCCUGAGUGUAGUGUUAUGCAGUGAGUAGGACGAUGUUACAUUGUGGUGUUAAUGUUGCUAUGCCUCUUCUUUAGUUUUUAAUUCCCUCUCCUUCCCUCCUUUCAUCAGUUGACAGGCUGAGUGAGUUGCUGCUGGGUUCUAACAUAGAGCUUCCCAAGUCCAACGGUAGCACCAACGGUACCAAUGGUGACCAGAACCACAAAGGGGCGCCAGUGAGCAGUGAGUGGUUUUGCUUAGUCUUUUACCACUGGGAGAUGGUGGAGGGUUGUCUCUACAGUGUUUCAUCUCUCACUUACCAAUCAGAUCACUUUCUCUCUCCUUCUAUCCCACCCAUUUACAGAUGGAGAUUCGAUCUCCGUCAACGGAACUCAUGAAUUCAAAGGAAGUCCAGCGUCCAAGGUGAGAGAGGAUGACUGUGCCUUAGGGUUGGAUAACAUAUACAUAAGCCACAACUGUGACUGUAAUACAUAAUCAGUUAUAAUGACUUCAUGUUUUGUGGGUGUUCUUUAUCCUUUCAGGACAGAAAUGGUAACCAGCUACAGGACAGACCACUAAAUGAGGAGGUGUGUCAGAGGCUGGUGAACCUCAAUGCUCAGCUCCACGCUCUACAGGUGAGGCUGAAUGACACACUGGAAUGCAUUUGAGGCAGUUUAUUUCAUAGGGGUCCUUCCCUACACCCCAGUUCCAACCUAGAUUCAAAACUCACUCUCUCUCCUUCCUCUCUCUCCCAGGCCGCCGUCAUUCACCAGGACUCUGUCCUCGAGCUCCGCCUCCGUGAGGGCACUGGCCCUGCCUCCUCAGGUUCCUCCACUCCCACCCCCACUCUUCCAAACACCUUCCCCAGGCUGUGCCGUUCCAUGUCACGUGACACGGGUCUGGAUGCGGGCACAGUGGCAGUCAUGGGGGACAUGGCCAUGCUCCAGAGGCAGCAUGUUCUGCUGCAGGAGGAGGUGGGGAGGCUGCGCCCCCUGGAGGCCAGGCUGAGGGAGAGCGAGAAGGCCCAGGCUCAGAUGGAGCAGCAGCUCAGGGACAUGAAGGGCAGAAGGGGAAGCAGAGGCAGCAGAGGCAGUAACGGAGACAUCGUGGUGGAUGUUACAGCCUUAGAGCAGGUGAGCAAAGUAACCUCUGGCAGAGGUGUGUGAAUGUCAAGUGUGGGAGUUUGGGGUCAAGUGUGUUUGGGUUUAGGUAGACUUACAGUCCUCACCCCAACUGGCUGAAUCACUAAGCCAUUCAAGAUGCACUAGUGGUUGAUCUGUAGGUGAGCUCAAAGAGGAUAUGAUGACAUUACUUUUCUCCUUUACUAGGCUCCUGCUAAAAGAAGAGGAAGUGGUGAUGGCGAGCCCAGCCCUGUCGCCCCAUUGGCCUGUCAGGAACCAGUGGACCAAUUGGACGGCGUACAGGAAGGCAGUGAGGAAGAGGAGGAGUCAGAGGAAGAGGCGGAUGUAGUGAAGGUUUCACCACGCUCCGACAGUCCAAGAGGUGAGUAAUUAACCCACAGUGUCUGUCUUUCCUGUAUUGAGUGUAAUUGGAAUAUCUAGGGGCAAACAGUAAUGCAGGCACUAGGGAUGGGGGUGUGAGCAUGCGGGUCUGGGCAGAUGAGAUGUGGUCAUUGUUUGUGUGCGUCUGUAAGUUGUUGUUUAUAUGUAUACGUUUGUAUGUGGAGUAAAAAAUGAAAAUAGAAGGAAUAUCUACGGCACUAAAGUAUUAGUCAUUGGUAGGGUGUAAUCAGUGAGAUAAAGAGGUCUAUGACUCGAUCACUUUGGGAUUGGCCAAAUCUAUGGAAUCCCAAAAGAAUCCCUAUGGUGUCCAUGACAACUGAUCUUUACACAUUUCUGACCUUUAACCGUAUCACACCUAGUUUACCUGGUCACACACACACAUUUCUCACUCUCUACCUCUGCAUAUUGAAGGUGUGUCAGCACGUCAUAUCUCUAGCUAUCUGUUUGGCACCGAUUUCUCAGCUGUUUAAUGAGUAGGCAGAGUUUUGUGUACUAUCUCUCUGCCCUCUCUUAAUGGCUGCUUGUUGAUAGUCAAUAAUAGCUCUCUGUCCUCUCCACUCUUUACUUUUCCACCCUUUUCAUACAUUUUCAUUCAACUUUGAUCAUACAGUAUAUGGUAGGUUUAGAGGCAACAUUUAGAGUAUUGAUAGACAGUCACUGUUUUUUAUGCCCUUCUUACUUAAUCAAUGCACCUCUCCCCAUUCUUUCUUUCUGUGUGCUUAAAGGGUGGAUACCUCUGACAAUAUUUAACUCCCUCUGUCCACAGUCCUUAUUGUAUCAGUCAAUGUCUGGUAACUCAGUGUAAAUAACAGUACUCCUCCAGUCGCAUCUCGAUUGGAACCUCUAUUUACAUUACUGAGCUAGCUAGUCCUGUUUUGAUCAACACAUUAUUCAACCAUUAUUAAACGUAUUAAUAACAUGUUUAUUCAUAUGAAUAACCUUCAAUGAUCUCCGCAGAUCUCCAGGAUAUCCCAGAGGAGAGCGAGUGCGGACCGGAAGCGCAGGAAUCCAAGGCUGAUUCUGAGAUUGUUCCGAGUUAACAUUGACCUCACACUGGAUACGCAAACCAGAAAACAGGACUUGAGAGCUGGACCAACAUAUUCUCAACCUCCAACCAACCAGACCUGAUAGAACUUAUCUUCAGUGAUUCCAUCUAUUCGUCUUUCUUUGGCAUAGAAAGCCUACCCAGGAAUUGUGUAUUGUAUCAUGGUAUAAGAUAGUUCUGAGAUGUUGUAUGCAGGUUUUUUACAUGUUUUUCUAAUGUUAUGUUAAAAGCUUCAUCCUCGGGAUUGAAUCCCUUUUCCAAUCCCACUCUUCGUUUCUUAUUUCCCUUUUCAAAACAAGGAAGAGGGAUUGGGGGUGAAGAGGAGGAUCGGGUUCGUAACACCAAUGGAAUUCUAAUGGUGGACUGUAUAUCUAUAGGUGUCUGUUGAUACCAGUAGGAACUAUUCUGUACUGUAACUGCCUGUCAUUGUUGUAAAUUUAG